AUGAGUAAUUUAGCGAUGCUAAAAUGUCACACAUCUCAGAGCGGGAAACUGCGGUUGAAUCUUAUCGUAAUAUUUGGCUUGAUUUUUGUGAGCUUCACCGGUAAGAUCAUAAUCACAUACAUGUCAUUAUCAUUUCAGAUGCGCUUUUCUAUUGUGGCGUUUAAGGAAAUGACUUUACAGAAAUCUUGGAUGUUGAACUUUUGUGUUCUCUUGCUUAGGUCUAGCUCGAGCAGCUUGUGAUUGUGGGACAGAAUGUUCCUGUAGUCAAAGCAAUUGUACUGCUGGACAAUAUUGGGUCUGUAGUAACUGUGUUGACUGUCCUGCUGGACACUUGUAAGUAACAAAUCUUCCCGUGACCUGUACUCACUAUUGUACCGAUACAUAGGAAUAUCCAGGAUCCAAAUGUUUUGUCAAAGGACUCGAGAUUAUACAUACAGAAUUUAUAUUAACUGUUGGGGGUUGUCUAUCGACUUGAACCUUCUGUUACACUUACUUGUAUACUUUCAUCUCACGUUGUAUUGAUAUUAAAAGUGGUUGCAGAAUAUAUUGUUUUUAUCUCAAUUGGAUAAGAGGUUUCUUUAAAGCUAAUGAUAUUAUAACUUUAUUUUAGCUGCCUGGGAAACAGUACUGCCCCUGAGCCCUGUCCAGCGGGAACCGAAAAUCCGAAUACCGGUUCAAAAAACUCAUCCGAUUGUACGGUAAGUUUGAUCAUUUAGGUUUCUUUCCAUCUCGAAGCUUUUAUCCUUAACAUUUCUCAUCGCAACCCCAACUGUUGGAAAUUAUGAACUGAACCUAGAAAAUGAUGAUUAGCUAAAGUACGUUUAGACAUUCAGCUUUCUUUCAUCGGGAUUUUGUAAUAUUAUAUCAGGUUUUUAGUAGAAUAGGAAAGUCAACCUUGUAGUUUCUUUAUUUGUUAACUUUAUUUUCACCAUUUUUCAAAGCAUGCAGCAUAGAAAUUUGACUUUACCAGGUAGCCUCGUGCAAACUUAAAGUUACUUUGCAGCCACAUCUAUCUUCAAUGUGGGCCUAGUCACAGAUUAGAAAUUAAUACCUGUGGUGAUGGUAAAGUAGUCUUCAUCUAAUGAAUCGAAUUAAUGCAGGAAGGAGAAGACAGAGACAACUAAGCUUCGAGCAUUAACUGUUUCAGUCCUAAAGCAUGUUAAUUCUUUACUCUGAUUGCCAUGCAUUUCAUAUAAUUUUAGCCUUGAGGAUUUAGUGUGAACUGUCAAACAAUGCUUCUUAACUGAUAUCUUUUCUCAUCUCCUUCCUCCUUAAAAAAAAUUUUGUUAAUGAAAUGAGAAAAACUGAUGUGGCUGUCUUUAAUAGGCUUGUGUAUCGGGAACAAACAGCACAGCAGGUUCAGUAGCAUGCACUACACCUUGUCCUGCUGGUUACAACUGUACUUUAGCUGGAAAUAUCACUUUGUGUCCCGUUGGAACGUAUUCAAAUUAUGGAGAAGGAAUCUGUCACUCUUGUCCUACUGGGAAAGUGUGCUUGGAUCCUACUCAGCAACCUCAGGUACAAACUAAAUUUCAUUUAAAUUAUUAAUAAAUCAAAAUAAGGUUAUUGACAAUGAUUAAUUUCUUGGAUAUACAAUUGACCAAAGGUACAACUUACAGAGUCAAAUAAAAGCAGUGAAAUUAAAAAAAAAAUAUGAUUUUAUGGAAUGAACAUGUUGUGGUUUAAAUUUUUAGCUGGUGUUGAAUGUUACAAACCAGUUUGAUUGAUAGUUUCUUUUGUUCAAGGUAUAAUUAUUAAUAAUCCCUAAAGAGAAAGAAAAAAAAUUAAACUUUUGCUGUCAGAUAGAUAUAAAUCUAAGGUAAUAUUUUAACCAUGACAUGUAUUCCAUGCCAUCUGUGCUUAUCCAAAAUAAGGAACAACUUUCAUGGUUAACAUGAAUGUAUAAAAUCUUGUGCUGUCUCCCACACAAUGAUAUCAGUAGGCAAAAUUAGGUGAUUUUUUUUGUUUUCUUAGUAUUGCCCUGGAGGUUAUGAACCAAGUCCUUUGCAAUCAAACUGCUCAGUCUGUGAGCCAGGAACAUUCUCAUAUAAUGGCACAUCUUGUCAAUCAUGUGCCAGUGGAAGCUAUAGUCUUGGAGCAGCAGCAGAAUGUACUGUUUGUCCACCUGGAAAUCAGUGAGUCUUGUUAAUACUACAAAAUUAUUUAGGAAUACAUUGAAUAGCACUUCUUCUUCAAUGUAAGACAGAAUAUCUUGAGUACAAGUUCAUAGCUGUUUUUCAAGCAGAGAGAAUUAUCAGUCCAUGUUUUCAAGGGUGAAGUAACAAACCUCAAUUGGACAAAAGUGAUAGUACAUAUCAUUUAUAGAUGUCCAUUAAUGUGGAUACACCUAAAUGUGAACAGUGUGUCCUCUACUUGCAUGUACAUCUAUGAAGACAUAUUAGACAGCAAUUUAAGUUUUCCAUUUCAGAGUUACCACUCUAAUAUACAAAGAAGCUAAUUGAGGGCAAGUAUAACUCUUAUAUUGCUUUUUUUAACAGAUGUUCCAACCAAACAGUUGUGCCAGUUAGAUGUAAUCCUGGAGAGUAUGCUGCUGCAGGGCAAACUUCUUGUUUACAAUGUGAUAAAGGAUUUUAUUGUCCAAAUGUUUCCUUAGCAAGUCCUUUGCCUUGUUUCAAUGGUACCUACACAGACACUGUUGGGCAAACACAAUGCCAGUUGUGCACAGCAGGACAUUUUUGUCCCUUUGCUUCUCAAGGGGAGCAGCCUUGUGAGAAUGGAACAUACAGUAAGAAUGGCUCAACUGUCUGUACAGAGUGUCCAGGUGGACACAGGUAAGUUAUGUCAGAUCGUUGAAACAAAUGCAAUGUCUGCUUUGGUCUGAUGAAUAAAGUUUUAUGUAUUGAACAAAUAAGCUUCAUCAUUGAUAAGUAAAUGCUUUACUUGUUAUCCCAGAAGUAUCAACAGUAAUCCAACAGUAUUACCCCUUAAUUACAUAUAAAGGUCACAAAAAUAAAUGAUAUGAUGGAAAACUCAAGAAGCCCUUGAUUGUUAGACAGUCUCCUCUGCAGUACUAUAGGAAAUUUAUAGAGAACUGCAUGGAAAAUUUGCAUAUGAAGUUUAGUGUGUAAAGGGUGAGGCAUAGCCAGUCACCAAAGUCAAAGUGCAAUAAUUCAUUGUAUUUAAUAAGUUAUUGAAUUAUCCAAUUUAUGUGAUAUUGCAGUUGUGCUGACCCAAGUACUGAUCCAUCUGAAUGUCCAGCUGGUAAUUAUGCUCCAUCAGGGAGUUUACACUGUCAGUCCUGUCCAGUGGGAUCUCACUGUCCAUCAUCAGGCCUUUCAGUAUAUGUCCCUUGUGUUAAUGGCACUUACACAGACAGUGUAAAUCAAAGUAUUUGUCAGAGCUGUCCAGCUGCUAAAAAAUGUUCAAAUCCUGCUCAGCCACCUGAGGAUUGUCCAAAUGGGACAUAUAGUAAGGGUGGGGCAACAGAGUGUACCAUUUGCCCUGAAGGCCAUCAGUAAGUAUAUGAUUACCACAAAUGCAUGUACCAUGUCAUUCUGUGUCUGUACAAAUGAAAAGCCUUUGUGAUAGGAAUGAAUAAUAUUCCUGCCUAAAUUUUAUUUUCUAGAUGUCCUGUGAAUUCAGCUGAUCCAAUCCCUUGCACAAAUGGUACUUUUGCUCCAGCGCAUAGUAUCUUUUGUCAUUCCUGUCCUAUUGGUUCACAUUGUCCAUCCGAGAAGCUUCCUUAUCAUCUCCCUUGUGCAAAUGGGUCUUAUUCGGUUGUGAAGAAUGCUACACGCUGUUUAGAAUGUAUGCCAGGUUUUAAAUGUCCAAAUCCUGCUGAAGAACCAGUGGAAUGCCAGAAUGGAACUUACAGUAAAGCUGGAGCUACCCACUGUAUAGUGUGUCCAAGUGGUCAUAAGUAAGGAAUUCAUUGUAGUACUUUCUUUGUGGAUGUCAAAUACCCUUUCACCUUGAAAUUCCAUUAUUAUCAGGGUUUGUUUGUGUGAGUUAAGCUUGGGCAAGAGGGGGGGAAGGGGGGGGAGGGGAGGAGAAAAUCAGUAAUUACAUGAUCAAUAUCCUGGCAAAUACAUUAUCAGUGUAAUGAUCUCCGUGGUGGUAAGUUUUAAUAAGCUUUCUACAUUUAUUUACUAUUGUGUAUUAGAAGUGAAUAAUGGUGGUAAACAUGAAUUUGAUGGCUGUGCAUAACAAUAGUAUUUGGUAGAUGAAUAUGCACCAGGAGCAGAAGUUUGAUUGAUGCAUUUCUUUUACAGGUGCACAGACAAUUCAGCUGACCCAAUUCCAUGUUAUCAAGGAUCCUUUGCUCCAUCGGGGAGCAUUGAGUGCCAGGAAUGUCCUUUGGGGUCUCACUGUCCAGCUAAUGCCUCAGAGAAACAUGUUCCAUGUGAUCCUGGGUCAUAUGCUAAUGUUACAUCACUCACCAAGUGUUUAGAAUGUCCAGCUGGAUUCAUUUGUCAGAAUCCUGCUCUAGCCCCAGUGCCCUGUGAAAAUGGAACUUACAGUAAAGGUGCUGCUACAAACUGUACCAUGUGUCCAGCAGGAUUCAGGUAGACUAUGGCAGAUUUUAGUUCAUUUAUUUUUUACUGUGAGAGAAUAGAGUAUUGAAGUGUUCAGAGUUAGUUCUGGUAAUGACUGUUUAUGCCUAUGGUUCUUUGUGCAAACCUGGGGUUAAAUAAUUCAGUGUUUUGUUUGAAAGAGUGGAUUGCCAUUUUUGUUUUGGUGCAUUUAGGUUUAAUGCCUCAAGGAAAAAGUAUUCUUCAUAGUCACAUGGUGUUAAACAAAACUGAAUACAUUAAAAACUACUUCUAGAGAUAUAUUUAAGUUCGCAAGGCAACCAGUUGGACAAUCAGACAUGAUUUGAUGAUACCCUAGUUUAAAGAUUUAAUGAAUGUCACAGAGAAGUUACAAUUCAUAGACCCAACAUUUCAACACUCCUGUCUAGUGCCUUCAUCAGGGGGAUCUAAUCGUUGCAACAAGAGGUCCUAUUAUGUGCUCACUAGUUAGCUACCCUAUGUUCUGAUGAUGUGUAAAGAGACAUCAAGCAGUUAGCUGCCAUCAUUAAAACUUUAAGGAGCAUGGGCAGAGGGUCAGUUGGUUCACAAACACCAGAGUCCGCAUUGCUAAGUAUUGGUUUCAUUUGUAUUUCAAUGACUGAUGCAUAGAAAACAAUGUGCUUCCAUCAAGUUUGAGAUUUUGGUCUCCUUUGUAGAGUGCUAAGGGAUACGAACUCAUGGUCCGCACUGGUUUUUCUUCACUAAAGUUGUGAAUAGAUGAAUGCCGCAUAAUGUUUGUGCAUUAAAGUAAGCAUUCAUUUUCAAUAUGCUUUUUCAUGUGUUCGUGCCCCAGGUGUCCCAAAAAGGGCUCAGACCCUAUUCCAUGUGAGGCAAAGACAUAUGCACCAAGUGGGAGUCUUGUUUGCUCUCAGUGUCCAGCUGGAUCACAUUGCCCUUCAGCUCAACUAUCCACUCAUGUUCCUUGCCGUAAUGGAACAUAUGCAGAUUCAGAAGGACAGGAUACAUGCAGCCAAUGUCCAGAAGGAUUCAAGUGCCCAAAUCCUGCUGUCUCGCCAGUCCCUUGUGAAAAUGGAACCUUUAGCCUCACUGGCUCUACUCAGUGCACCAUUUGUCCAGCAGGAUACAGGUAAGAAGGUUGGGGUUACUUCUUUUAGUUUCUGUGGAGCUAGUUCAAAUGAAGGGCUUCUUAGCUGUCAUGAGGUGCAAAUGAAAAUUAGCAUCCUCUCUUACUUUGCAAAAGGAACACGGAAAAUGACUUGAACUAGAAAAAUUUGUUUCAUUUUAUUUGUACAAUGUAGGAGCGUACUAGUUAUAAUAAUUGAUUAAUUAAUCAUUACAGUGUGAUGAUACUCAAAGUAGUUUAGAAACUUUUAAAUGCAACUUGUGUCGUAUUAUGUUAGUGUGUUAAAGCACAGCAUCUUAUAACUGUUGCAGCAUCCUAAUAUUGCUCUAGAGAACCUGCUGUAGGCACAAUUAAUUAAAGUCAUUGUAAAACUGCACCUCAUCCUUCAUGUAAUGGUAAAGUGUUAUUGUGGCUUGUUGGAAUUCUCAUGCAGAUCUGUAAUAAGCACCACUUUAAAGGCUGUGGAAUGCACCACAGAUGUUUUUAUAACUUCAGUACACUAUCACUUGUUUUCUUCCUCAAAAUAUAUCAUCACCUGAGCUGUUAACUAACCACAUACAAGUUAUUUAAAGACACUUCAGCUUGCACAGAGCAUCUUCAUCUAGGAGCAUGUCACUUUAAUACUUUUUUAACUACAUCAGUGAAGCACUACUGGCACUUGUUGGCUGAGUUCACAAAUACAUGUGUUUUAACAACUUCAUUAUUACUCCCAAACCUGGCCAUUUCAGUUGCCCAAAUAAAACAGCUCCUGUGGAAUGUUCAGCUGGUUCAUAUGCUGCAAUAGGGAGCAUUGAAUGUCAACCUUGUCCCAAAAGAGCUUCAUGUCCAACCAAAGGACUUUCUACAUAUGUACUAUGUACAAAUGGAACUUAUUCAAAUGCUGAAAGUCUGAGUGAUUGUAAACAGUGUCCAGCUGGCUUCCAGUGUCCAAGUGUUGGAAUGGAAGCACCAGAAGAAUGUGCUAAUGGAACAUACAGUAACACAACUGGUGCUCGAUAUUGUAUUUUGUGUCCAGAGGGUCAUAGGUAAGGUUAAUGCAAUAGUCAAUCCAUGCAUUUAUCCAUGCAUUGAUCUGGUCAUUCAUACAUAUUAAUGGUGCAAUCAACACAUACAGUUCACAGAUGCCACCUUUUCAGAACAGAAAACAACAAUACACCUUUCACUUGGAGACAUAUGUCAGUAUGUGGAGUUCAUCACACCAGCACCAAUGCAUACCACUGUGUUAUUAAUUAGCAUCAUUCUUGUUGGUCUUUAUGAUAAGGUUGUUACCUUUAACUAAUCUUCCAGUAAUCAAUCCAGUAUCUAUAUUCUUUGGUUGGCUUUUAACAUUGAGCAGUUAGAUGCACUCAUGGUUUUGUAAAGUUCAGGGCACCAUCUCUGAUGUACCUCUACCAAAGAACCACAUGCAAAUUCUUUGUGUUGGCACAGAAGAUCAUGACCAAGAAACCUAUCACCUCACUAAACAUCUAAUUUCACCAAUGAAGCACCACUUGCAAGUGUUGACUAAAUUCACAGAUACAUUUUUUUUAACAAUUUUAUGACAAAUCUCAAUACCUGGCCAUUUCAGUUGCCCAAAUAAAACAGCUCCAGAGGAAUGUUUAGCUGGUUUGUAUGCUGCAGCAGGGAGCAUUAAAUGUCAACCUUGUCCCAAAGGAGCUUCAUGUCCAACCAAAGGACUUUCUACAUAUGUGCUAUGUUCAAAUGGAACUUACUCAGAUGCUGACAGUCUGAGUGAUUGUAAAGUGUGUCCAGCUGGCUUCCAGUGUCCAAGUGUUGGAAUGGAAGCACCAGAAGAAUGUGCUGAUGGAACAUACAGUAACACAACUGGUGCUCGAUAUUGUAUUUUGUGUCCAGAGGGUCAUAGGUGAGCUGUUGGGCCUUUAAUGAGCACUUCCUUUCAUGUGAUUGAUCCACAUCAAGACAUUAUCAACUUAUGAUUCGUUGUCAUUGUCGUCCUCAUCAUCGUCAUUAUUUUUCUCAUCAUCAUCAUCAGCAUCAUCAUCAUCAUCAUUAUUAUUAUUUCUAUUGUUAUUGUUGAUGUCAGAGCACUUGAUACAUGUAUCAUUAUGGAUCACAAGAGUGUCUUUUUGCUUAUGUUUAUUAUUACUAGAACAAUUAUUAUUAGAACAAUUAAUUGACAUUGUUUAGAAGGAUGAUAAAAAUAAUGGGUAACCCUAAAAUUUUGUUGUUGUUGAACUUAUUCUAAAACAGAUGAUUAUUACACAAUUUAAUGACCAAGAACUACCCAAAAAUGUAGUUGUUACAUAUUGUGAGUACUGCGAUAUCCCACUAAACGUAAGCUUGAAUAACCUUGUUGAUUAAGUUCACUUAACACUCAAAUUAGCAUAGGGAGCACUGUUCACUCAGAGGCACCAGUCUGUUUGAGAAGAUCAACACACUUGUACAAUGCAUUGCAUUGUUUCACAGAAAACGGCUCUACUUAUUUGGAUAUAUGUUAAUACUUUUAACUCCUCUUGUAUUCUCAAAUCUCUCCAACUUGUUGUCAUGCACUCUUUAGUUGACACCUCACAUCUUUGAGUGUGGAACACUCUACUUGUUUUUAUAACUUCAACACACUAUCACUUAUUUUCUUUCUCCAAGUAUAUGACAUCACCUGAGCCGUUUCACUAACCACAUACAAGUUAUUUAUAGACACUUCAGUUCCCACAGAGCAUCUUCACUUAGGAGCAUGUCACUUUAAUACUUUUUUAACUACAUCAGUGAAGCACUACUGGCACUUUUUGGCUGAGUUCACAGAUACAUGUGUUUGAACAACUUCAUUAUAACUCCAAAACCUGGCCAUUUCAGUUGCCCAAAUAAAACAGCUCCUGUGGAAUGUUCAGCUGGUUCAUAUGCUGCAGCAGGGAGCAUUGAAUGUCAACCAUGUCCCAAAGGAGCUUCAUGUCCAACCAAAGGGCUUUCUACAUAUGUACUAUGUUCAAAUGGAACUUACUCAAAUGCUGAAAGUCUGAGUGAUUGUAAAGUGUGUCCAGCUGGCUUCCAGUGUCCAAGUGUUGGAAUGGAAGCACCAGAAGAAUGUGCUAAUGGAACAUACAGUAACACAACUGGUGCUCGAUAUUGUAUUUUGUGUCCAGAGGGUCAUAGGUGAGGGUUUGUUUAUACACAAGAUUUCUCUUUUAAAAAAAAUCAAUGUAUGUAGCAUUGAGAUUGGGCAAAUUUUAACUUUUACCAAACUGAUCAUGGUCAUGUAUGUAACAUUUAGAAUAUAUGUAUACAUGUUUUGAUUGGACAUCAGAAUACUUUUAAGUGACCGUACCUUUUAUAUAUAAUUCUCAGUCAUAGUAAAUAUUCAUGCAUGCUGGAGAGUCAUAUGUUUUUUGUCAUCCAUAUGUGGCAUCAUCUCAUCUUCUCAUUUGGGAUAUUCCAAAGAAGCAUGUUAGUUAUUGUCAACAAUUAGGAAAGAGAUAGAGAACAUGUUUUUAUAAAAGAAUACAGUUUCUUCCAUGGAUACACUUGUUGUUGCUGCAGAAUAAAGUUAUGGCACUCAGUUAUUCAUUAGUAUGUUAAUAACAUAAUUGGAAAGUUUUGUUUGUGAUGUGAUUUGGUUUUUGUAUCUUUUAUGAAAAGGAUCAGUGUAAACUAUCAGCUUCACUUAGAAACUCACUUUAAAAUUAAACACAUUUUCAUUUGCAAAUUUAUAGCUUUUGGUUAUGCAUCUGUAGUGCUGUGGUUAUAAGCCAAACUCCACACUUUAUUCGAUUCUAUUUCUUAAUGUUUAUUCCUUGUGAUUUUAGUUGUCUGAAUAAAACAGCUCCUGUGGAAUGUUCAGCUGGUUCGUAUACUGCAGCAGGGAGCACUGAAUGUCAACCUUGUCCCAAAGGAGCUUCAUGUCCAACUAAAGGACUUUCUACAUAUUUUCUUUGCUCUAAUGGGACUUACUCAGAUUCUGAAAGUCUGAGUGAUUGUAAAGUGUGUCCAGCUGGCUUCCAGUGUCCAAGUGUUGGAAUGGAAGCACCAGAAGAAUGUGCUAAUGGAACAUACAGUAACACAACCGGUGCUCGAUAUUGUAUUUUGUGUCCAGAGGGUCAUAGGUGAGGCUAUUGCAAUUUAUCAAUCCAUGCAUUGAUCUGGUCACUCAUUCAUGGGAUACAAGCAACAUCUACAGUUGACGAAUACCACCUAACUUUCCAUUGGCAUCUUCAUCUAUUCUUCAUUCUUAUGAUAAAGAUGGUCAGUUGGUAACAGAUGAAGUUACCAUCUGGUCUAAGAAUCCUUCAUCCAUGCAUUUGUUUGUUCUUCUUUACAUUUUGACUUUUCUGUGCUGUAUUCCAGUAAAUGUGAUGACUGCAUACUGCAUUUAUAUUAUCUGUUGAUAUUGCUAGGUUUUAUGUGAGUUUCUUAGUAUGAUUUCUACAUCAUUAAAUCAUAUUCUUACACAAUACAAGGAUAUCCUGGCUAUGUCAUCAGAUUUUUCAACAGUUCAUUUUGAAAUGUUCAUAUCAUUCAUGUUUUCAUUCAUUGAUAUGGUUGGUAGCAGGAUUUAGUAGCAGUGUUUGUAAAUAUCUCAAAAUUUGUUAUUCUUGCCAGAAAACCUGGUUAAGAGGUGAAUCUGAAUUUGCACAUUCAGGUUUUAUUUAUAAUAGUUUACAUCUUGGUUAUAUAUUCAAUCUGUACUGACUUUGAAAAUAAUUUUUUGACUUUGUAAAUAAUUUUUUGAAUUGUAAUAUUUUAGUUUAUGGCUAUACAUUAUAUCUGUAAUACUCAGGUUAUCAGCCAAACUCUUCUUUUUCUUCUAUUUUUCUUUUUGUGCCUUUUUCUGGGGGUUUUAGUUGUCCAGAUAAAACAGCUCUUGUGGAAUGUUCAGCUGGUUCAUAUGCUGCAGCAGCAAGCAUUAAAUGUCAACCUUGUCCCAAAGGAGCUUCAUGUCCAACCAAUGGACUCUCUACUUAUUUUUUAUGCUCUAAUGGAACCUACUCAGAUGCUGAAAGUCUGAGUGAUUGUAAAGUGUGUCCAGCUGGCUUCUAUUGUCCAAGUGUUGGAAUGGAAGCACCAGAAGAAUGUGCUAAUGGAACAUACAGUUAUGCAACUGGUGCACAAUAUUGUAUUUUGUGUCCAGAGGGUCAUAGGUGAGGUUAUUGCAACAAUCAAUCCAUGCGUCAAUCCAUGCAUUUAUGUGGUCACUUAUUCAUGGAAUACAACCAACACCUACAGUUGACAGAUACCACCUAACUUUCCAUUGGCGUCUUCAUCUAUUCUUCACUCUUAUGAUAAAGAUAGCCAAUUGGUACACAGAUGAAGCUACAAUCUGGUCUAAGAAUCCUUCAUCCAUGCAUUUGUUUUUUCUUCUUUACAUUUCAACUCCUCUGUGUUGGCUACAUUGACUUCUUAGUGUUGGAUACCAGUAAAUGUGUUGAUUAUAUACUGCAUUCAUAUCAUCUGAUGAUAUUGGCAAAUUUUUUAACAGUUCAUCAGUGUGAUCUCUACACCUAUGAGUUUUAUCCUCUAGUCAAUGGAAUCCCAUGUGGGCUAUAUCAUCAGAUUUUUUCAACAGCUCAUUUAUGCAACUUUUACAUCAUUCAUUCAUUCAUCUGGUUGGUAGCAGGAUUUGUUUGAGAUUUGUCUUUUUAAAAGUUUGUCCCUAUUAAGAUGCUAAAUACUCAGUUCUAUUAAUUGUACAGUCAUAUGUUUUUAGUAGUAAAUAUGUCUCUCCAAACUUUAAUAGCAAUUGUUGUGCUCACCCAAACACCUGGAUAGAAGGUGAAACUGACUUUUAAAAUUGAAUUUUUAAUUGUCAUGUUUAUAGUUGUUGUUAUGAAUAAAUCUGUAAUACUGUAGUUAUAAAGCAACAUCCUCCCUUCAUUCAAUUCUAUUUUUGAAUGUUUUUCCUUGUGAUUUUAGUUGUCCAAAUAAAACAGCUCCUGUGGAGUGUUCAACUGGUUCAUAUGCUGUAGCAGGCAGCAUUGAAUGUCAACCUUGUCCCAAAGGAACUUCAUGUCCAACUAAAGGACUUUCUACAUAUUUUCUAUGCCCUAAUGGGACUUACUCAGAUUCUGAAAGUCUGAGUGAUUGUAAAGUGUGUCCAGCUGGCUUCUAUUGUCCAAGUGUUGGAAUGGAAGCACCAGAAGAAUGUGCUAAUGGAACAUACAGUUACACAACUGGUGUGCAAUACUGUAUUUUGUGUCCAGAGGGUCAUAGGUGAGGUUAUUGCAAUAAUCAAUCCAUGCAUCAAUCCAUGCAUUGAUCUGGUCAUUCAUUCAUGGGAUACAACCAACAUCUACAGUUGACAGAUACCACCUAACUUUCCACUAGCAUCUUCACCUAUUCUUCAUUCUUAUGAUAAAGAUGGCCAGUUGGUACAAAGAUGAAGCUACAAUCUGGUCUAAGAAUCCUUCAUCCAUGCAUUUGUUUGUUCUUCUUUACAUUUCAACUUCUCUGUGUUAGCUACAUACUACAAUCAUAUCAUUUCAUGAUAUUGGCAGAUUUUUUUAGCAGUUUAUCAAUGUGAUUGAUACAGAGGUCAAUCAUAUCAACUAUUCAAUGCAAGAACAUGCUGACUUUGUCAUCAUAUUUUCCCAACAGUUCAUUUAUAUGAGGUUGACAUCAUUCAUGCUUUCAUUCAUUCAUUUAUCUGAUUGGUACUGGGACCUGCAGGAGAUUUCUUUCUUCUAAAAUCUGUCCCUCUUAAGAUGCUUCAUGCUCAGCACUCAAUACCAGUAACAGUACAGUGAUUUGUUUUCAAUAUGUUUCUUCAAACAUUUGUUAUUCUUGCCCAAAUGCCUGAAUUAAAUUGAAGAUGAAACUUACUUAAAAUUGAAUUUUUAAUCUGUAAUGUAUACAGUCUUUAGUUAUACAUUUAAUCAGUUACUGUGGUGAUUAGGCAAACUCUUUUCUUUUUAUGUUUCCUCAUAAUGUUCAUCUUUGGGGUUUUAGUUGUCCUAAUAAAACAGCCCCUGUUGAAUGUUCAGCUGGUUCAUAUGCUGCAGCAGGGAGCAUUGAAUGUCAACCUUGUCCCAAAGGAGCUUCAUGUCCAACCAAAAGACUUUCUACGUAUUUUGUAUGCUCUAAUGGAACUUACUCAAAUGCUGAAAGUCUGAGUGAUUGUAAAGUGUGUCCAGGUGGCUUCUAUUGUCCAAGUGUUGGAAUGGAAGCACCAGAAGAAUGUGCUAAUGGAACAUACAGUAACACAACUGGUGCGCAAUACUGUAUUUUGUGUCCAGAGGGUCAUAGGUGAGGUUAUUGCAAUAAUCAAUCCAUGCAUCAACCCAUGCAUUGAUCUGGUCAUUCAUUCAUGGGAUACAACCAACAUCUACAGUUGACAGAUACCACCUAACUUUCCACUGGCAUCUUCACCUAUUCUUCACUCUUAUGAUAGAGAUGGCCAGUUGGUACACAGAUGAAGCUACAAUCUGGUCUAAGAAUCCUUCAUCCGUGCAUUUGUAAAUGUUCUUCUUUUCAUUUGGACUCCUCAGUGCUAGAUACUAGUAAAGGUGUUGAUUACUUACUGCAUACAUAUCAUCAGAUGAUAUUGGUAGAUUUUUUAAGGGUUCAUCACAGUGAUCUCUACACCAAUCAGUUUCAUCCUGUAGUCAAUAGAAUCACCUGCUGGCUAUAUCAUCAUAUUUUUUCAACAGCUCAUUUAUACAAGGUUCCUAUUGUUUAUUCAUUCAUUCAUUCAUCUGGUUGGUGCAGGAGAAUGCUGGAGAUUUUUGUCUCUAAAUGUUUGUCCUUGUUAAGAUACUUAGUACUUAGUACCAGUACAGUAUUAUGUGUUUUAUAGUAUAUGUUUUUUGAUGUGUCUCUUCAAAGUAUUCAAGCAUUUACUAUUCUUGCCAAACACCUGGAUAGAAGAUAAAGACUCACAGAGGAUUUAAACCCAAAUAAGUUUAAUUCUGUGUUUUUAAUUAACAUUUUACUUGCUACCGUAACUUUCUUUUGUUUUUUUACCAGUAACAAGUUCAUCUGCAUAUUAACAGUGUGUACAAUUGUAAUAUGUAAUCAUUAUCUGACUUAAUCCUUAAUACUUUCAUCAGGUGCACUGUUAAGAGUGAGGCCCCUGUGCCAUGUGGAAGAGGAUAUUAUGCUUCUGAAGCAAGCAUGUCAUGUCAUGUAUGUCCUGUAGGAUUUUAUUGUCCUCUUUUGAUCACUGCCAGUCCACAACCUUGUCCUUCUGGAUUUUAUGCAAAUGAAACUAAAUCCGAGAGAUGUGAGGAAUGUGAAAGAGGUAUCAAGUUUUUUUUUAAAUAAAUAAUGUGUUGGUAUUUAGUUUUAGUAUUUAUGAGUAAAUCAGGUGGUAGUGCAGGUUAGACCACUAGCUCUGAUUUUUUUGAUGUUCUUAUCUGAAUUUUCACUUUACUUACUGAUUUGGACUUUUAUCAUUACUGGUAGAUCUUUCACUUAUAAAUUAAGAUAAACUGUUCUUACAGUUUGAUUUGUCCAAAAAAAAAUUGAUCCACCUUUGACUUUCUUAACAGGUCACAAGUGCCCAAACACUACUCUGUCUCCAACAGAGUGCCCUGCUGGUUAUUUUAGUGCAGUAAGGGGUCAAACAGCCUGUACUCAGGUAAAUAAAAACGAGACUUGUAAUUGAAUAAGCAUAGUUACAUACGAUAUUUGCAAUGUAUUGAAAAACUGCCCUGUAAUCUUACACUCAAAUCAUUUGGCUAGAAUGAAAUGUUGUACAUUGUCUAUCAGUGACUUUUAGCUCGGAGCCCACAGGUUUUUUUCUGAAGUGAUGUCUAGUUACUCAAAUUAAUGUUUGGUUUUAUCUCUUUUUAAAAAAUUAAGUGUCCUUGAGCAGCUGAUUUAUUAACUGUAUCACCUUGAGCUGAGAAAAAUUUAAUUUUGUGUUUGUUCUUACAGUGUGCACCAGGAUACUAUUCUGAAACAACAGGGCAGUCAACUUGUGAGGUGUGUCCUGCUGGAAGCCGCUGUCCCCUGAGAGACAGCUCACCAGUUCAAUGUGUUUUUGGCCAGGUAUGUACAAUGUUUUAUUUGAGUGGUUACUUUCAUGCUCUUUUUGCUGCAGUGAUCAUCAUUAUUUUGGUCCUCCAUCUUUUGGACUUCUCUUCAUCAUUAUCAAUGCCAUUGUUUUUAAUAGCACCACCACUGAUAUGUUGGUUAGAAGAAUUUUCACACACCACUGUCAGUAGCUCUGUCAGGCUGAUCACCACAGCCCUAUCUUUAUUGUAAACUAAAUAACACCAUUCCUACAAUCAUUAAAAAAAACAAUUAGAACACAGAUGGAAAGGUUGUAAGAAGGACAAAUGAUUUUUUAGUAUAACAUGAAAUCUUGUAGCAGGGUGCACAGGUGGUAAAAAUUGAUGAUGUCCAGCAGUAUUGUGCCUGUUACUAGCGGUUUUUUUCACACAGCUAGUGGAAUACAAUGCUUAUUACUGCUGAUUUUAUUGCAGUAUUCCCCAGAGGCCUCUACAGAAUGUCUUACAUGCCCAGCUGGGAAAAUCUGUUCAGAUCCUGCACUCCCACCAGUCACAUGCAGUGUGAGUGUAGAAAGUUUUAAUUUCUGUUUUGAUUCACAAGGCUAUUUGUUUGCAGAGCUACAUGUACAAAUGGGAAAGUUUUCUCUUCAACUGCUGUAGAUCCUCACUUCGAUGACAAUUUUAAUUUUUUUUCCUAGGUUGGAACUUACAGUAAUGGCUCUCACUGUAUUCCAUGUAAUGUUGGCCAUUAUUGUCCAUCUCCUACAAAUGUUCCUCAACCCUGUCCUGAUGGUACCUACUCUGAUGAAACAGGAGCAGUUAGCUGCAAAGUGUGUGAUGCCGGACAUUCCUGCUUAAAUCCAUCCAAUUCACCAGUUCCAUGCUCUGCUGGAGAAUACAGUAUAUCUGGACAAGUAACAUGUACUGUAAGUAUGUUUCUCAACUAUGUUGUAAGGGGGCCAAAAACAGUUUGUCAUUUAUUAAAUAAGACCAACUUUUGAAGUACUAAGCAAAGCUCACAUCAUGAUAUUUGUUAUUUGUUAGCUGAAAUAUUUUCUGGGUGUCCCAACAGAAAUGUCCAGAUGGUAGAUACAGCCUUGGUGGAGCAUCUUCUUGCCUUAUCUGCCCAGCAGGACGGUCAUGUAUAAAUGGUUCUGAUCCAAUAUCUCCAACAGAGUGUCAUCGAGGAACAUAUAGUCCACCUGGAGUUGGCAUUUGUCAUGCAUGUCCACUUGGAACCUAUUCUAACACAGGGGCAUCAUUUUGUUCUCCUUGUCCUGCAGGACACUCAUGUAAUGAUCCCAGCCAGACUCCAGUAGCAUGCACCUCUUCAGAAUACUGGAACAACGGUGGAGAGGUAUCAUCACUUAAGCUGUUAAAAUUUUUAAAAGUCAAGACAGGAACAAAAAGCUCAUCCAACAUAUCGCUGGGUUUUUGGCUCCUACACGUCUUUCAACACACACAAAAUAAAUGGUUGGGGUUUGAUUUAGGGUACAACAAGAGACUAAGGAUCAGUUAUACAAUUCUCUUGCAACACUUAAAUACUUGUGUUUUAGGUGUUAAGAAGGGCAUGUGUGACUGUAGUGUAUUUUGCAAUGUUGUUUUGCUGUAUAAGUUGUUUAUCUGGUUGUACAUCACAGAUCCCACGAUGUGCUCCAUGUCCUGCUGGCUACAACUGUACCAAUGUGACUCAGCCUCCAGUGCCUUGUAUGCCAGGUUACUACUCACUUCAAGGAAAUGCAUUGUGUACAGAGUGUGAGGCUGGACAGGCAUGUACUGAUCCUGCUCAGGCACCAAAACACUGUCCUGUUGGUACCUACAGCCAAAAGGUUAGUAGCUCUUAGUCUAAGAAACAUUUCUUUGGCUCUUCUGUGCCUAAGUGCACUGGUAAGAAUAAAGUACUGAAUAGGGCACUUGCUGAAACAAGAUGCCCUACAGCAAUGGAUUUGGAUGAAAGAUGUCCUACAUUGUAGCUCAGUAGAGUCCUUAUCUGAGUGUGUUGUUGUUUUAAUGGUCUCGUUGGUUCUGUAAAGAAAUGGAAACCAUGAUCAUGAGUGUGUUCUUUUUGCCUUGUGUUCAACUAAGAAUUCAAUAUGCAUUUAGGGUGCAACAUCCUGCAAACAUUGCCCUGCUGGUUAUAGCUGCUCAUUUCCAAGUUCCACUCCCUCUCCAUGUUCCAAUGGAGAGUUCUCCUUGCGAGGACAUGCAAACUGUACAGUAUGUCCAAUUGGAUACAUGUGCCCAUCCACCAAGCAGAGGGCUGUUCGGUGUUCACUUGGCACCACAACAUUUGGAGAGAGUGGAAAGAAAAUUUGUAGUGACUGUCCUGCUGGAUUUAAGUGUCCAAACCCAGAGUGAGUAACUAGCAUUAAGGUGUGGGUCUUACUGAACAGUGCAGUACAUCACCAAUAAGAAUAAGGAGAUAAGCAAGUAUUUCUUCAAGGUGUAAAACAAUCUUGGUAGAACUGGUUUGUACAUUGAUUAAAAGAAGGAGUAGAUUUUGAUGGAAAAAAGGGAAGAAGGUGUUGAAUGAUAUAUAUCUGAAUUUGUUUCAAAUGUGUAUUUUAGGUCAAAUGCAACAGCUUGUAUGAAUGGAACUUACAGCAUUGGCAAGUCAGUGCGAUGUUUGGAAUGUCCGGCUGGUCACAAGUGUCCAACAACCAAUGUAAGUUUUCAUAGAUUAAACAAUGAAUUUUCUGUGUUAGAACAACACUACACUGGAAUUCAUUCUGUUACCAGUUAAUGUCCAAAUACUAAUAAUUUAAAAUAAUAAUCUUGUGCAAAGGUUGGUGCAGAGAGAUCUUGCACCAAAUCAAAUUCCAAGUGGUGUUCAUGUGGUGUUCAUGCCCUCAGACAUGCCUGAGUUAAAUUCUUUGCUCCAUAGUAGUUGAUUGCAUUAGGUUAUCCUUUAACAAAUACAUUCUGUACUAAAAAUUGCUCAGUGUUGCUGAGAAUUGAAUGUUUUCUUUACUCAGACAUACCCCAUUGAGUGUCUUCCUGGACAGUACAGUCUUGCUGGCAGCCUGUCUUGUACUGACUGUCCGGCAGGUAUGGAGUGUCCUUCAACCUCACAAAAACCAACAAGGCAAUGCCAGCCAGGUUUGUUCUUUGAUUUUUUUUCCUAGAAAUUAUUGUGCACUCAAUAGUACUCCAAGGAACUCUUGUAUGAUAUCAAAAUAUUAUAUUGGCAAAAUGGCUGAACUCUUUCUGAAUAUUGCAGUUAAUGUUUGAUUUGGGUGUUAUGUGGUAGAAUGUCAGGAGGCAUAUUUGUCAAUAAGUAUUUCAGAAUGAUUUCAGCUAAAGACUUUGGACUAUCAACUUGUAAAUUUUAUGUCAUACAAGUUAGCCACAGUAUUUAUUGGUUCACAUGUGAGCUCAACUUAAUUUAACAUUGUUAUCUUUUUGUUUAGGAUCAUAUUCUGAUGGAAACGACCAGUUUUGUACUGUCUGCCCAGUAGGAAAGUUUUGUCCAUUCACCAAUAACUCAACACAAAUCAACUGUGAGGAUGGAACAUAUUCUUGGGGUUACCAGGAGCAAUGUACCUCGUGUCCCAGUGGAUGGAUGUGUCCAAAUAAAGAUGGAACAGGAAAUGUUAAAUGCUUACCAGUAUGUUUUAACCGAGUAUCUAUGAUUUAUUUCAUUAUACACCAUUGAACCAGUAUCAGCACAGAAAAUUGCUUUGUUGGUAGCUGAUGGCCAUUUCAAAAUCUCUAGAGAUUUCAAAUUUGUAAAGUGUAUCACUACUUGAUUACCUACAGUUAGCAAUUGCCUACAAUUAACUUUAAUUAACUUUAUCUAUCAGCUAGAUAUUAGAUUGGAGGAGAAUUUGUUCCAGUCACAAUGAUUUCUUCUUGCUUUUCUUUCUCUCAAGGGCACUUAUUCAAUUGGCAGACAGAUAGACUGCAUCCCUUGUCCAGCUGGCCAAGCUUGUCAAAGAACAGACACAAAUCAAACUGUUACAUGUCUGCCAGGCACAUAUUCAGUUGGAUCACAAACAGUAUGUUGUCAUUCUCUAUUAUUCUGUUAUUGCACAGGGCUUUGUUACCAUUACUUUUCCUAUUAUGUCUUAUAAUACACUAUUUAUUUUAAGUAGCUACCUUUACCAUAUUUCCUCUUUUGCUAAAUGUUGUCAAACCUGUAUUUUGUAGUCAUGUACAUGGUGCCCUCCAGGAUAUAAAUGUCCAAGCACCACAGAGAGUAAGGAGAUAGAGUGUCCUGAUGGAACAUACAGUAAGGGAGGACAACAAAACUGUACUGAGUGUCCUCCUGGAUAUGCCUGUCCAUCCAAAACAGACGACUUUAAAGUCCAAUGCUCUGCAGGUUAUUACACUCUUGGGCGGGAACAGGUUUGUUUAUGAACCAAACAGUUUCAGAUAAAUUCCUUCAGCAAUAAUUAUACUUAUGUGGCACAAAUGCUGUGGCAAAACAAAUUUGCUACUAAAAUAAAGAUGGAUAAAGGUGAUAUAAAUGUGGAAUUAUUGCUUGUGCAAACAAAUUUUCAUCUUUUUAAUGUUAGUUAGCCAUAGAAUUCCUUAAGUUCUUGAUGGUACAGUUGUAAAACUACUCUUUCUUUCAAUGAUACAUAAAUUCAUUUCCCGUGCUUAAGGAUUUAAAGUAUAUAUAUAAUUUCAUUUACUUUCGUCCUACCACUGGAGAGAAUUGCUGUAUUUUUGGUUCCCCUUUAAGAGCCCACUGUAAUUGGCAACGCUGUUGUGGUGUCCCUACCAUUAUUUGUCAUUUUUUUUCUUUCAUUUUGUUUUUUUUAGAUUGUUGUUGUAUGGCAAAGUUAAUAAUAAAUAAAUAAAAUAAGAUAUUUCAGAAAAAAUUUUCUGGUGCAAAUUGUGUUCCAAAAUAAACAAUCUGCAUAAAUUUAUCACACUUCAUCAUUAACCAGCUUCAAAGUAGACUGAUGCUUUAUAAAUGCAACUUUAUCUUUUGCUAGCAGAGGGGCAGAGAAUUAAAUGGUAGCUCAUAUCCUUCUGCCAAAUCUGGUGUGAGUAUAAGCUGCAUCUAAACAUAGAAGUUUAAGCCAUGCUUUAACUGUAAAUCAUAACAAUUAAAUACUAUAGUAAUAACAAAUUUAAGAAGCAAAGGUGCACUCCAACAUAUAUUGUUUUGAUUGGUUCUAAAUUUAGAAUUGCUUCAGAUUAACAGCAAGUAACUGAUUGAUAAAACAAUGUAAAAAGUUGAUGUUUUGUGUAACAGAUGGUAUAUGAAUUGCAUGAUGCUACUUAUUUUUUGCUUUCUCUAACCAGACUGAUAUAAAGUCUACUACUACCAUGCACUACUACUACUAUGAGGGUGUAAUGAAGACGGAAUCUCUUUUAUCAUAAGCUUUUGAACUGCUAGACUUUUACAAAUGAUAAACAAAACUUUACAAUAAUAUUGGCAGCAUUCAUAUUGAUUUGAAACAUCAUGCAAGUUAGAUGGAUGUGUGAAAGCAGUAUUCCAUGAUGGUGGUCAUUGUCACCAUCAUUAUUCUUAUCAGUAAAGGGCUGGUUACCAGGAUGGACAUCCAUUCUAUGAAUAAAAAAGCAUUGAAUGUUAAAUUUGGUGAGGAGGAAAAUUCUAAAUUGAUUUAUCACCCUUAUGUAUAAUAGACUUUUAAAUGAAGUGGAUGAAGGUUUAUAAAUGUUUGAAUUUUCAUUUUAUGUAAGUUUAAUUGUCUUCAUUCAUAUUCUUAUGGCUUAGUUUUAAAUAAACUUCAAACAUUUCACAGCAUAAAGUAGCUCAUGAGAAAAUUUUGUUAACUGUUGUUACCUCCUAGGUUUGCACUCAAUGCCCAGCUGGAUCUUUUUGUCCAAAUAUCACAUCCUCACCCAUUCCAUGUGCAGAUGGAUCGUACAGUUUGGGUUUAGCAACCAGCUGUAUAGAGUGCCCAGCUGGUCAUUUCUGUGAGGUUAACAAGAAGGACUCAGUUCCAAUGCCAUGUCCUGCUGGUAAAUACAGCAACAAGUCAGCCACAGAAUGCACUGACUGCAGUGCUGGUUAUGCUUGCAAGGGAUCAGACACAAUUCCCACACCUCCAUCUGGCUUAUGUCCAUUGGGUCAUUAUUGUCCAGAUGGCCUUCGUGAGGUGGACUGUCCGGCUGGUACAUUUGGUAAUAUCACUGGUGCAGCAAGUGAAGCUGAGGGCUGUCCACCUUGUCCUGCUGGUUUUUUCUGCCCUGCAGGAACAAGAGGUUAUCCCACCCAUAGGUUAGUGUUUCAAACAACAUUAACAGGAAUACUCACUUUAUAUUAACCAAUAAUUGUUAGCUGUGACAAGCCCUCUGAAUUAGGUCCAUUACUUCACAACUGGGAGAGUUUUAGCAACCCACCUAAGAACAGGUCCUCAGCCAGCUAGUCACACAUUACCUUUAUCAACCAGAAAAGGAAAAAAACAUUAGAAUUUCUGAAUGAAAGGGGUAAGUUUCUAAAGAAACCGUGGUGCUGCGGCAGGUGGGAGAGUAUAUCAGGUAAUUUAGUGUUAACAAUUGAGUUGAAGACAUAAAUUGACCAUGGUAAAAAGUGAUCCCCAAUUGCUAUGGCGAAGGACUGAUGCUCAAAAUGUCAGCCUUUAAACUCUUUACAGUGGCCAAUUUACAUUUUCAACUCAGUUGUUAACACUAGAUUACCUAUUAGAAUUUUUGGUUGAGUAUUAGCCUAAUGGCUUACAAGUGGUUGUAAGCAAGACAAGCUUUUAGAGUGAGGUUUAUGUAUGAUAACAAGAUUUCUUAAUCCAACUGAACUAUUGAAGCUUUUUUUUAAGUAUUCAGUUGUGACUUCUUUUAAAUAAACUGCAGUAAAAAAAUAACUUACUUUUAAUCUACCUGAAGUCAAGGUUAUGUCUUUUGGCUGAGCUUUCAUUACCAUGCAUUUUGACUUGAAAUUUUACAUCUGCAGGUUGAAAUGCCCCCCUGGUCACUGGUGCACUGAAGGAACAAAAUCACAAUUUGAGCAUCCUUGUUCAGCAGGCACCUUCAACAAGGAAAUUGGUCUUGAACGACAAGACCAGUGUGUUGAUUGUUUACCUGGAUAUUACUGUCCAUCUGGUGAUGGAUACGCUGACAGACUCUGUCCAGCUGGGCACUACUGUACAGACAAGACUGGGGACCCCAAUGCUCACCCAUGCUCUCCUGGGACUUACACUGAAGAACAAGGAGCACAAGGUAAACAAAGUACCAUAAUCACUCUUUCUUUUCUUCAAGUAGAAAUAGAGAAUAAUACAUGGGCAUGCAUAGAUAUGGAAUUUCUCUUCAAGUGUCUAACUUGAUUGCUCACGACUGAGCACAGCAUACGAGUAAGAUGUCAAGUUGAAUGUGAGAAGAGAAACUUUAUAUCUAUAUUAUUUUCAACAUAAAAGCCCUUUAACAACAAGAAGAGUCAACUUUAUUAAUGAAUGAAAAUAAAGGGAUAGAUAAUCCCUGAAUAAAAACCAUAAAGUGCAUUGGUGCCAAGGCUCAAGAUGAAAAGAUGCAUUUAAUCACUACAAAAACAAACAAUGGCCUAAUUUUCAAUUUUCAAAAUUCUCAGUUAUUGACUUUGUCCUUACUGACAGAAGAAAUCUUUCAGGCACAUGGCCAGAAUCGGCCUGUGGUAAAUCUUCCAGUUGUCCAUUUUCAUUUUCAGCUGUGAGAAAUGCCAUUACCAAAGCCACUGAAUACGUAAACUUCAGUUUUUCUUUUGGUAUUUCGCUUUUCUUCCCCUUCUUGGAAAGUUUGAACAUCUGCAAGUGAUACAGAUUUUCCAGUGUUUUAGCAGCCAUAAUCCAAAAAUAUUAUAACAAAUCACCCUGGAUUGAGAAUGGUUAAGUCUUUGCCCUUUGUUCAUUAACCUGACCAAGUGGCAUGAAAGGCGAGUGACGUGUCAGCAGCUGAUUGGAGAUAUCAAACACACUUGAAUAAAUAUGCUAUUUUUUCACCUGUGUUGUUACAACUUUUCCUAGGGCUGGAAAUCCUUGUAUAACACCAUAGUUUAUAUGAUAAACAGUUUUUUAUUUCUUUUAAUUUGUUGUAUUAACAUUGUGCCAAGAAAUGAAAUGUUCACACUCACAGCAAUGUUCAAUGUUUCCACUUUCAUAGGCCAAUUAGACUGCAAGGAUUGUCCACCAGGUUACUACUGUUUAGAAGGGGCACGAGAACCCGUUGCCUGCCCCAAGGGUACAUUUAAUUCCCUGUCCAGCAGAGGUUCAUUAGCAGAGUGCCGCUCGUGUAUAUCAGGAAUGGCCUGCCCCCGGCCUGGGCUAACUUGGCCACCUGUGAAGUGUGAUGCAGGUUAUUACUGCCCUGCUGGGUCCUCACUUCCAAAUGAGACCAUCCAUGCUUGUCCAGCAGGAACUUAUACUGACUAUCACAACUUGACUCAUGCUAGAGAAUGCACCCAAUGUCCAGAAAGACAAUCAUGUGAGGCAGGAACAGGAGGGAUACAAAAACCACCUCAGGAAUGUGCCAAAGGUAUGGAGUAUUGCAUGGUUAAAAUUGUGCAUAGGCCAACUCUCUUAAUGGAAAUCUUUCUACACUGUGGGAAUAAUAAAAGUAGGCCAACUCUCUUAAUGGAAAUCUUUCCACACUGUGGGAAUAAUAAAAGUAGCAAUGGAGUCAGAGUAGAUAUCUGCUACCAGUACCAAAGAUACUGCCAGAGUUUUUAAGUGAGAGAGUUUGCAGUUUGAAGUUUGUCUAUGUAUUUGUUAGCCAGGGUAAUGGUCUGUGAAAUCAAUAUUUUGAAGAAUACAACCUUCAAACAAAGUUUCAUCUGUAAUUUAAUCUUGUAGGGCAUUACUGUCCCCUUGGCACCAUGAGUCCCACUCAGUUCCCAUGUGAAGAGGGAACAUGGACAAACCUUACCAACUUGAAGUCACAAGAGGAGUGUUAUGUGUGUCCAAAAGGUCAUUUCUGUCUUAGAGGUUCUACCAAACCCACAGAUCUAUGUUUCACUGGACACUACUGUCCACCAGGUAUGUAAGACAUAAUCAAUUUUUUUUGCCUCAUGGUGCUUUUCUGUUAGUUAAUUACCAUCACUCUAAAUGGUGUCUUUUAGUACAAAAUUAUUUAGAACUUUCACUCUGUGAGAGUCAAUUAUUUGUUCCUAUAGAUUUUUAAAGUUAUUGUAAGUGUUUAUACUGAUCAACACCAUUAACUUUCAUACUGAAAACAAUUGAUAGCUUGUUAUCAAUUUUUCUUGAAAGUUUUAAAUGAUUUUUACUCCCUCUCAAGGUACUAAAAGAGGUACAGAAUUUCCCUGCCCUGCUGGAACAUACAACAACAGAACAGGUCUGGAAAGAAAAGAAGAUUGUGUUCCUUGUAUAACUGGUCACUACUGUCCACAAGGAACCACAAAUCCCAAACAAUGCCCACGAGGCACAUUUAACGAUGUUCUAUCAGCAAAGGUACCGAAAAAAACUUAUCUUACAUAUAUAUAUAUUUCAUGCUUUGUUAAAAUAAAUUGUAGAUCGAUACUACUGUAGAUGUCGUAACAUCACCUUUAAAAUAGAAGAACUUAUAUAUGAAAAGGUCUUGUUUGGAAAAGUAUUGUAAGUCUUUGGUUCUUCUCCUUUCAUCUGUUUUAUUUCUUUGCUUCAUAUCUGUAGAACCAGCUUGAUGGUUGCAAACAGUGUGUUCCUGGAUACUACUGCCCAAAUUUGGCAAAUUAUGAACUUACUGCAUGUGAAGUAGGAAAUUACUCGGUAAGAUUAACCCAAUGUUCUUACUGCAUUUGUACAUAACUCUUGCAAGUUGUAAUAAAUUUUUGCCAAUGAAUUAAACUGUCUGUUUUUAAUGCACUGUAGAAACUUUGUUGUGUUGUAAUUAAACAGAGUAAAUUCAAGGUGAUAGCCUAAUUGAGCAAUGAAGCCUUUGUUUAAACUGGUGUGGUAAUAAUAUUUCUACCCCAGGGUCCUGGUGCCUCUGAAUGUACAAAAUGUGAGGCAGGCCAUUAUUGUGACAGCAGAACAACAAGCAAGGCAGAAAUGAUAGGUAGCAAAAUUUGCCCUGCUGGGACACAUUGUCCUCCAGGCACAGUGGAAAAACCAGACCUUCAUGACAGUACUUAUGCCUGUUGGAAAGGACAUUACUGCCUUAGGGGAGAUGAGGUAAUGUUUCAAUUUAACAUUUUUAUACCUAUUUGCAAUCAAAAAAUAAGAAUUUACUGAGUAAACAUCUCGGUGAUACAAGGCAUUAACCAGUAAUUCAUUAGCUGUAUUGGAAAUAUUAUCAGUAGGUACACAAAUUUAUUUUGUUUUGUUUGCUUGUUUGUUCGUUUUUUCAAUCUACAUACUGUGUCUCAUUAAGUUACAUCAAAUCUCGAUUAUGUAACUAGCGUACAAUUAAUGUCUGGAGCCUGGUGGUUUGUUAGAGGUCUCUUCCUGCAAUCAUACUGCUAAACCAGUAUAAAUAUAAUUAUAUCUUAAGUGGCUAAUAAAUGAAAUGAAAUGAUGAUGAUAAUGAAAUGAUUUAUUUACUUUAAAAUAGAAUCCUUACCCUAUCAAGUGUCCAAAUGGAACAUUUAAUCCCCAUGAAGGUCGCAAACUUGUCAGUGAAUGUCUUAAGUGCACAGAGGGUUACUACUGUGAACCAGAAGGCCUGGAAAAUGAGGUACUUAUUUGUGGUUAGACAUAAUGUCUUCAUUUUACUUUUUGUCAAAACAUUUUAGCAAUGUUGUGAUAUAACAGACCAUAACGGACUGAUAACCAACAACAUGAGCAUGUUCCAGCUAUAACCAAAUUGCAUACCUGUGCUACGUGCAACAUUUUGUUUUGAUUUAAGAAAUACCUGUGGUGCACCAGAUAUGAGUUUGAAUCUAAACUUUACAGCUCGUCUACCUUAACUUUCCUUUUUCAGGCUGAUGUGUGUCCUCCAGGUUACUACUGUCCAGAGGGAACAGGGUACAGAUUUUCAAAUCCCUGUCCUGUUGGAUUCUACCGCAAACUGUCUGCAGCAGUGUCUGUGCAGGACUGCAGUGUGUGUUUCUCUGGACAUUUUUGUGAUGUUCUUGGCUUGGCAGAUCCAAAAGUUUGUCCAGAAGUAAGUCACAACCUUCACCCUUUAACACCCGGAUCAAAUUUGUCAUUCUCCUUACUGUCAACCAUACAGUUCUUAUAAUGUUAGUUCAGAGAAUUUAGUAUUGGAUCAACUAAUUAUCCCCAAAUUGAUAUAUUUCUUUAUUCUCACCACUUGUCUGCUUGAUAUUGUAUUGAUACUGUAAGGAGAAAUUCUGUCUUGGUCACUUAUGGGAGUUAAAGGGUUAAGAUGGCUUCAAAAGCUGGUUUUCACAUUCAACCCAUGUGCUCUUUGUAUCAUACAAGCUAAAGCAAUGAUACCAGAGUGUUCCUUAAGCACUAUUAAAGCUAGAUAGCUGUUUGUUUUGUCUAAGUUUCACUGAAAAUCAUAUACAUGGCUAACAGAAUAUCACCUGAGUGACUGAGAUGUGCUGAUACAUAACCUUGCUGUCCAGUGUGUUGAGAAAUAAGUAGUAUAAUAGGGAUACUAAAUAAUUAUUCCCUUGAUUUAUUUCAGGGCUUCUUCUGUCCUACUGGAACUACCAUUCCUUCUCCAUGCCCCUGUGGUUACUAUGGUAACUCCACUGGUGUAAAAAAAAGUGACGAAUGCACACCUUGCCCAGCAGGUCAGUACUGUGCUGGCUAUGGACUUAAAGAACCAACUGGACCUUGUGAUGCAGGCUUCUAUUGCAGUGGAAGAGCUUGCACUUCUGUAAGUAUUAAUAAGAGAGACUUGUCUGGUUGUUUUGAAUUAAGGGAUGGGAGAUGUUGUGAAGUUAAUGUCAAGUUGCUGUAAUUCUUCACUGCCUUUGUGAAAAUGUUUUUUUUCUAUUUGUCAGGCACCACCUGAAGGAAGUCCUACAGGAGGGCUUUGUCCCAAAGGGGGUUAUUGUCCACAAGGUGCCAAAACUCCAGAGCCUUGCCCUGUAGGGAAGUACAGUGGAACCAAAGGAAAUAAAGAACCAGAUGACUGUGUUACAUGUGACCCUGGGUAUGGCAACCAAAAAAAUUAUUUUCAAGAUGUUUUAAAAUGUGUUUCUUAAUAUUAUGCACCUGAACAGGCUUGGAAACAUUUCAUGAUGUGCAUAUGAUAUAACUAUAACUAAGUACAACAAAUUUAAAACAAUGGCUCCACUUGACCUGUCAGGAAGAUGUUGUAAAUUAAAAUGAAAUUCAGACAAAAAUGAUCCUAUAUACAGUCUGAUUUGUUUUCUUCUUUGUUCCAGGUACAUUACCAUAGUUGUUAUACAAAAAAAAUACCAAUUUAACUAGUUUGGAAUCAUCUUGACCUGCAAGUAUUUCAACAUAACAUGGCCAUCAUUUUUGCUGAGGGGAAGGUUCAGAGACUUAGACAUCCAUGUACAUUAAAAACUCCAAAUGCCUCCUUGCACCAUUGGAAAGCAAACCUAUCUCUUAAACUAAUGGCUAUAAGUGCAUUACUGUUCUGUUUAUUCAAGCAUCGAAAGCAUCAUAUGAAAUAAAUUAUUUGCGAUAUUGUCAGCUGGCACCUAACUGAAUAUCCAGCAAGCUUAAGUCACCUUGCUUAUACUUUGCCUUGUAUUCAGGUACUACUGUGCAGGUGAUACUAACCCUGAACCAACUGGACCAUGCUCACCAGGCCAUUACUGCACAGGGGGGGCAUCUGUACCAACCCAAAAUGUCACACCCAAAGGUCACUUCUCAGAAGAGGCUGCUGUUUUUCCACGAGAGUGUCCAGUUGGAACUUAUCAGGAGACAGAUCGAGCAGAGAAAUGUACUAAUUGCACAGAGAAGAACUUUUGUGAUGAAAUGGGGCUAGAAUUUCCAAAGCCUUGUAUAACUGGGCAUUAUUGUCCUCCAAACAGCAUAAAACCAACAGCCUGUCCACCUGUAAGUAAAGAAAUGUAACAAAAGUAGUCCUAUCAAAGUUGCAUGUUUAAAAGUUGCAAGGAUUAUAAACUUUGUAUGCCUUUGAAAGAUAGGAAACUUCAUCUUUUUCCAGUUUUGCAUUGUUACUAAGAUGUUCAGAUAUUUUAUUCACUUUCCAAGGGAAUAUUUUAUAAUGUAAAGUUGCAAUAACUUAAUAUAAGAUUUUGUGGCAUUAAAUGUAAUCUGACUAUUUUAACUAAUUUGUUUUCUCAGGGCACUUAUAAUCCCAGUUCUGCAACACCCUCAAUUGACUUUUGCCAGCUCUGUGAUGCAGGAUUUUAUUGCAGAAAGGCAGGUCUAAAUGCCACUGAAGGGAAAUGCUAUGCUGGAUAUUUUUGUAAAGAAGGUUCCCCAAGUCCAACCCCAGUAAGUGGAUUAAGAUUCUACCUUUGUAUCCCCCCUUUUAUGAAGAAACUUUUGCUUUCUUUAAAAGUGAUAUUGAUUGAUUUAAAAGGUAUUUCAAACCAUAAUUUUCUUUUCCAGAAUAAUGGUUCCCUUUCAAAUAUUACAUAUGGAGGCAUCUGUCCUCGUGGAUACUACUGUCCAGUUGGGACAAAAAGACCAUUUGAAUAUCCAUGUCCAAAUGGAACUUACAGUAACACCCCUGGACUUGAGAGAGAGGAGCAGUGCAUUCCCUGUGACCCUGGAAGAUCCUGUACUGGAGAAGGUUUGAGAGAACCAAACGGAGUCUGCCGCCCUGGUUGGUACUGUUUAAGAGGGGCUACGACCCCUAUGCCUCUUGAUGGUGUGACUGGAAAUAUAUGUCCUGCAGGCUUUCAAUGUCCAAAUGGUACAGCCAACUUCACUGAAUGUGAACCUGGAACCUACAGGUGACUAGUCCAUUAAUAUAUAUAUAUUUCCUCUUGUGCCAUUGCUACUUGGUUGUACAGUCUGCCCAUCAAACCAAGCUUGUUAGGAGAGGACAAACAUCUUCUCACAGCUUUUAAGAAUUAUUUUUCAUGUUUUUAAAAGUUAAACCAAAGGAAGUGUUAAGGUAUGGAAAGCAUAAGAAAGGUAAUACUGUUAUAUUUCACACAAGAAUAUUCUGUGAUGUGAAUGAGUCUAUUAUGUUUUCUUUUUUCAGCUAAAGUUUGUGUCCCGGUUAUGCAUAAAAUUCUAUUUUUUGUUUUGUUUUCCUUUUUUAAGUAGCCAACAAUGGACCAGUGACAAAUGCAUGAAAGUGUCUGGAGGCAGAUACUUUUUUCUCAUGUGCAAACCUCAUUAUUACAUAGGUUUACACACUUUUUUAUAUUUGUUACUUUCACAGCAACAUAACUGGUCUUGCUGCCUGUUUAACAUGUCCAGCACGCUUCCAUUGUGAGGGUGGUGAAGGUGACAGUAAAACCCCAAUACCUUGUCCCAGAGGUCAUUACUGCCCUGCUGGUACAGGAAAAUCACCAGAAAAGUGUCCAGCUGGAACUUACAAUCCACAAGUAUGUUUAAUAAGUUGGGGUAAAAGUGAAAAUAACUUGACACAUGAGUUUAUUUGGACUACCUACAUGCAGAUUAUACAUGUUAAAUGUCUGUUCAAGUUGUGACUUUUCAUUCACUCUCCUAAACUGAUGUAUUCUUUUUUGUCCUGAAGUUGAGUCUUGCUCGUGAAAGUGAAUGUGAACCUUGUCUGCCUGGCAAGUACUGCAGUGGAGCAGGUGUUGUUUCAUUUCCAAGUGACAUAUCUGGAAACUGUGAUCCAGGGUUUUAUUGUGUGCAAGGUGUCAACACACCACGCCCAAGUCAGAACUUUACAGGAAUAGGUGGUGUUUGUCCACCUGGUGCUUACUGUCCUGAGGCAAGCCCUGAACCUGUUGGCUGUCCAAGUGGUACAUUUUCAAAUGUGUCGCAGCUGCAGAGUGCUAGUAACUGUACUCUGUGCUCUGAUGGCCAUUACUGUGAGCAAACAAACCUGACUGAGCCAACAGGUGAGAUGAUAAUUUCUCUCCUAAAGUUUGUGACAUUUCCUUGAGAUUUCAGGUUCAGCUUAGAUUAGUUUUAGCAUCUUCUGAAAGAUUGUUUUCAUUAAAACCAGGUCAGGUGAAUUCUGUACAUUUUCCUUUAAUGGAACAAUUAUUUGCUCUUUGUGUGUGUUAGUUGGCAUGAUCCAAUUAUAUUCAGCAUUUCUGCAUGUGUGAUGCUUGAUCAUAUAAUCAUAUCACAAUAUGAAUGAUCAAUUGAUAAAUGUAAUCAUUUGAGAAUGCUUGACCUGGUUCAACCCUUGAAGACCAGCUAAGGUACCCUGUGAUACUUGUCUAUUGUAACCACAUACUUCAUUGUUGCAUAAUUUAGUUCCGUAACACAAAUUGUGCUUUUUUUAUUUUGCAGGGCAAUGUGCUCCAGGCUUUUACUGCAGAAGAGGCUCAGAUACAGCAACACCUGCAAAUGUAUCCGCCAUAGGGGGACCAUGUUUAAAGGGUCACUUUUGCAAGCUUGGCACAGCAUUUCCACUGGGCUGCAGGCGUGGAACAUACAAUCCAAAUGAAGGAGAAGCAGCUUGCUUCACUUGUCCUGCUGGAUAUUUUUGUCCAGAAAACUCAACUGACUUUAACCCUUUCCCUUGUCCAAAGGGCCAUUUUUGCCCAAAUGGAACUGAGUAUGCAACUCAAUACCCUUGUCCCAAGGGCUACUAUAAUGGUGCCACACAUAGUGUCAACCUGGCAGACUGCAGAGCUUGUCCUGGAGGGAAGUACUGCAACAGAUCUGGGCUCUCUGAACCUACUGGACCAUGUGCUGCGGGUUAUUUCUGUGUCAAUGCUGCUUGGACAGACAAACCCCAAGAUUAUGACAACUUUACAUCUGGUGAUUGUCUCUGCCCUGCAAAUUCUACUGGAGGAAAAUGUCAAGAGGGCUUUUUCUGCCCUGAAGGAUCUGAUGAACCUACUCCCUGCACUGGAGGGUUUUAUUGUGAAGGUAAAGGAAAGGAAGAUGUCACUGCACAGUGUGAUCCUGGUUGGUUUUGUACAAGUGGUGCAAAGAUCCCAAGGCCUUCUGAUGGAACAACUGGAAACAUUUGUCCAGCAGGAAAGUAUUGUCCAAGGGGUACUGAAACUCCAAGGCUAUGUCCUCAAGGUACAUUUUCAAAUAAUACUGGUAAUAGCAAUGAGAAUAACUGUUCCCUAUGUACGGAAGGAUCAUACUGUGAAACUGAAGGAUUAAUUCAACCAACUGCACUUUGCUCUGCAAAGUAUUUCUGUCCUCCUGGUGAAAGACGAGACAAGGAAAAGUCGUGUACAAAGGGACAUUUUUGUCCUGAAGGGAGUCCAGAACCUGUCAAAUGUCAUUCUGGGACUUACCAGGAUCAAACACAACAGGACUCUUGUAAACUUUGUCCGGCUGGCUAUUACUGUGACACCAAGGAUGAUUUGAGUGAGUUCACAAGUUAUAUUUGUCCUAAUGGGUUUUAUUGCCCUAAUGGAACAAGGUAUGCUACAGAGUUUGGUUGUCCAAAUGGAACACAUGGAAAUGGAACCCAGCUUUUUCAUCCAGAUCAGUGUGUUAAAUGUCCCCCUGGACGAUUUUGCUAUGGUAAGUGGUCUCUCAUUAACUCUUUUUAUUGUAAAAAGAGGUUAACAUAUUUUGAUUUCAAUAAAUGUAAACCACUCUUAGUUAGUUUUAAACCAUGUAGGUAAUUAUGUAAUGUUAACAAUGAAACUUUUGUCGUCCAUAUCCUUCGUAAUAUUCUUUGAUCUUUGUGGCUUUAUGAUGCUUUCUAAAUCGAUAUAAUGUUCAUGUUACCUUGCACAGUCGCCGAGAGUUAUCGUGAAUGAUUUUAAGGAAAAAGUUCAAGGAACUUUUAUUCCUAUAAUAUGAUUGGAAACCAACUCUUUUUUUCAUGUGUGCAGGCUCGUCUCCUACUUUCACAGGAGAAUGUCAGGAAGGUUAUUAUUGCAGACUUGGUGCAUUCACUCCCACCCCGACUGAUGGAGACACUGGUGAGGAGUGUCCUGAAGGUCACUAUUGCGUCAGUGGCACGGUGGCACCUGAGAGUUGUCCGUCUGGAACAUUUUCCAAUUCAUUAGGAUUAACCAUUAUUGAUAACUGUACUGAUUGUACACCCGGUAUGUUUUGUAAUGGAACUGCUCUCACAGCUCCCAGUGGUGACUGUUGGCCUCGCUAUUACUGUAGUGGUAAAGCAGAGCAUCCAGCACCACAGGAUGGUAACACUGGAGGGAACUGUACUCCAGGGCACUAUUGUCCUGGAAAAACACCGGCGCCUAUUCCUUGUGAGGUAAUUUAGCAUUGUCGUAUGCAGAAGUUGGAAAACUUAUCUCUUCCUUGUAAUUGCAGCACUACUGCAUUGAAUGUUUCGUAUAGCAAUAGUUACGUGGCACCUGACCAUAAAUUUACUAGCAUGAAUAUUUAUUUCAGUUAUAUGCUCCAUUCAAAUGGGAACUCCAAUUUGCAGAUAUAUUUCUUGUUCUCUUUUUUCCUGAAUUCAUUAGGAUGGCACGUAUAUGAAAGAUCCUCUUGCUGAUGCCUGUUUGGACUGUCCUGCUGGGUUUUAUUGUGUGGAUGACAAAAGUCAGGACCCCAAACCAUGCCCCCAAGGAUUUUACUGCCCUGUGAGAACAGGUUUUAAUUGGCAACCCUGUCCAAAAGGGUCAUAUGGUGACUCACCCGGCCUGGCUAACAUAAGCAGUAAGUAUCCCUCUGUUUAAAACAUUUUAUAAAUUCUGUUCGAUAACAAAAAUAACUUCCUUUUCUUCACCCAGGCGUUUCUCUACCUUACUUUAUCGAUACUCUUAUAAUCUACCUUAUCUUGUUCCUCCUUAAAUACUUGGCUGUUUUUUUCUCAGUAUUAGGAAACUAGUUUGCCAGCUAAUCUUCCUUGAAAAUGUUGUCACGAAGUUUAUCUUAGAAGAGGUAGUAAAUAAAGAUUUGUUUUAUCAAUUCAUUUCAGGUUGCCGUCCUUGUGAUUCUGGAAAAUUCUGUGCUCAUGAGAAUGCUACAAGUGUGAGUGGAGAGUGUGAGGCUGGCUACUUCUGCCGUCGAAAUGCAGAGUCUGCAACACCAAGUUCAAAUCAGGAUUCAGGACCGUGUCCUGAGGGCCUCUACUGUCCUGUUGGUACAGGAGAACCACAAAAGUGUCCAAAGGGCACUUACUCUAACGUAAAGUUCCUAAAAAGAGAAAGUGAGUGUCAAAACUGUACAGAAGGUAACUAUUGUGGACAGCUUGGUGCCAGGAAUGUUUCUGGGCCAUGUGAUCCUGGAUUCUUUUGUCUGAAGGGAUCCGAAAUUCCUAAUCCACCAAAUGUGACAUAUUCGGGUGGUCCAUGCCCUGUUGGCCACUAUUGCCCGCAAGGAACGUCGUACCCAUUAGGCUGUGAGGCUGGAACCUACAAUGACCGUACUGGCCAGUCCAACUGUACCCAGUGCUGUGCAGGUUUCUAUUGUCCAUCCAACUCAACAUCAUGCGUCUUGGAAUGCCCAAAAGGAUUUUACUGUCCUCCAGGAACGAAGACAUCCCAUGAAAAUCAAUGCCCCAAAGGUUUCUUCAAUAAUGAAACUAUGCAACAAAGCAUCAGGUUACCACAUAAUACAUUAAAUGUUUAACGCACCUUCCAUUAAAACCUCUGUGCAAAACAUUGUAUUUUGCUGACAACAGUGGCAGUUGGCUAUCCAUGUGAAAAGUUAUGUCGUUAGCACACAAACUGGCGUUUGAAGAAGCCUGCCAUGCCGUAUAUGAACUGCAACAUACACCAACAAAGAAAAACAAAGUUUUAAUCAAUUUUAUUUCCAAAAAAUGCUUAGAAUAUACAACUAUGAAUGUGAAUCGUGGCCCGCGAGAUUGAUGUAAAAUGUUAUCAUAUCAAAUUUAAAACAAUCAGAAAUUCAGACUUUUUAAAUAUUUUGAUUUGAUUUGUUUAUUGAGGAACUAAAACUUGAAAAAUAGGAACGUUAUCAAAGUGUGACUUGCUGAAUUAAUCAAUUCACACUUGCUUUCAAUUGUGUGAGGCAUACAGUUUUCAUUGCUUUUAUUUUUUCGGUAAAUAUUCAUUUAGUUCUUUUAAUAAUUCUCUAACAUUUAAAACAAAAGCAACCAAUUAAUAUUUUAAACGACAAAUAUUUGAAUCUCUUCACUUGACAGUGGGUGCACACCAUGUCUCCCUGGCAAAUUUUGUGGCAAAGAAGGCCUUGCAGAACCAAGUGGAGACUGUGCAGGUGGCUGGUACUGCAUACGGGGAGCUUGGUCCGAUAAACCUAUUGAUGUUGGUGUUGUUGGAUACUGUAAUGGUACAGACGGUUGCUUUUGCCCAAACACCACAACAGGAGGAGCCUGUCAGCCAGGCUUUUUCUGCCCAAAUGGGUCACGUGAGCCUACUCCUUGCUCAAGAGGUAAGAAAAUCUGUUCAUCAUAUAGUUUUGAUAACUGAUUCCACAAACUAUUGCUAAUAUGUUAUCGCAUUUUGUCCUAUUGAGUACGAGACGACCUAAUGGAGGUCGUGAAUAAUUAGGUUGGCGCCAUGGAGCCCAUCACUCAAAUAGUAAACGGGUUUAUGAUUAUCAAAUCCAUUUUAUCUCAGGAAAUUAUUGUGAGGAAGCUGAACUGUCCAAAGUCACUGGCCUCUGUGAUGCAGGCUAUUUCUGCCUCCGGGGGGCUAAAGUUGCAGAUCCUACUGAUAAUAUCACUGGCGGAAUUUGUCCCAAAGGCCACUAUUGCCCUGUUGGGACUUACGAUCCAGAAAAAUGUCCUGAAGGAACAUAUUCCAAUUCUACUUUCAACAAAAAUAUAUCUGAUUGUCAACCGUGUCUACCUGGCCAAUACUGUGAUAGUAAAGGUCUUGAGCUACCAUCUGGAGAAUGUGAUCCUGGAUUUUUCUGUCCUGGUGGACAGAAAACAAAGAGACCUGCAGAAUAUGUCUGCACCCCAGGGCAUAGCUGUCCUUCUGGUAGUGUCAGUGAACAGGCUUGUGACUCUGGUACCUAUCAAGAUGAACAUCAGCAGGCAACUUGUAAAAUCUGCCCUGAAGGUUACUUCUGUGAUGGAACCAUUCUCAAUGCCACACACUGUGAACAUGGAGUCCAGUUUCCAGAGCCUUGUAUUACUGGGCACUACUGCUUGAAUGGAACUAAAUUCGCUCAGGAACAUAAAUGUCCGCCAGGUGAGAAGCAAUUAUUAGGAUUUGUCAUUGAAAUUAUUUUUCUUACAACGUCAACCACUUGUCAUUAUGACAACCACCGAUAUGGCACAUUGUCAUCGCUCUCUCUUAAAUUAUAAUCAAUUUUCGGCAACUGACUUUGUGCUAUUGCUUUGGUUUUUCGACAUCGUUGCUCUGGUAGAUUUUCAUGUGGUCAAUGCGAAAAAAAAUAGAUUUUAAUGAGUAAAUAUGAAAAAAUGACAUGAAUUGAACUUUAUUUUAUUUCCUUGUUAGGAACGUACAACGAUAAAACACAUAGAAAAAGAGUUGAGGAAUGUACUGACUGUCCAGCAGGGAAGUACUGCGAGGGUGAAGGGAAUGACUAUCCAACAAAUGACUGUUCAGUUGGUUUUUAUUGUAUCAAUCGAGCUGACAACAACUCUCCUAAUGAUGGUGUCACAGGCAUUAUUUGCCCCAAAGGGUGAGGCGCAUUUUGGCAUUAAGUAGUUAAAAGUAUGUUCUCUUUAAAUAAGAUCUCAAUGAAAAAGUAAUUGCUCCAGCUCUUCUUUUUAGACUCUUUCAAAGGCCACGGCCUAUUAAAAAUUGCUGGUAUUAUUUGUAGUAUUUUUCAUUAUCAUUAGUGUAUUGUUGUAUUAAUUUGAUUGUUGAUCUGUGUAAAACCAAGCAAAAGAACAAAGCCACAAGUGAAGUGUUAUCAAAAGAAACUCAUCCAAGUACAGGCCCAUUAUCUGACUUUUGAAGAAUAAAACUCUUGAGUUUCCUCUUGUAGGCUUCACCAAAUUUUUAUAUUUUCUCCAAUGCUAAGGCCUGAAACGGAUGUGUUGGUAAGGAAUUUGUGGAGUGUUUUCAUAGAAUGUCAAAGCCGCUGUAGUAGAGGAAUUUCCAAAGCUUUGACAUUAAAGAUCUGAGGAUUAUGGGGCCAACAUGGGUAUACGUGGGAGGGUAUAUUUCACUAUUAAUAUGCAAAGUGAUGGGAUGUAAAUAUGCUUUUUCUAACAAACAUCAUUUGCAAAGGGUGACUCACUGGAAUAAUUUAAAGGCUAGAACUAAAUGUCAUCCUUAUUCACCUUUUUCUCUCUAUAGUUAUUAUUGUCCACGAGGAACAAAUGUUACCAUCCCGUGUGAAAAAGGUACCUAUGGGCCAACUGAACAGCUUGGCUCUCAAGCAGAAUGUAAGGGAUGUGAACCAGGAGAAUUUUGUGUAAAAGACGGGCUUAAUGCAACGUCUGGAAACUGCUCAGCAGGCUUCUUCUGUCGACGUAAUGCUUCAGUCAAUGAACCAACUGACGGUAUCACUGGUGAGUAUUGUGAGAUACAUUUUGCUUAACCUAACUGGGUGCGAUUCCUUUAAGAACCUUCAUUGAUAGUAGUUGUUUUUGAAUAAGAAGCACACAAAUACUUUCCCUUAUCGAACAAGUGCCACUUUGUGUUAUUCACUCUUUUUGUUCUGCUCUAUGAUUUUAUUCCAAACAAAAUCAUAUAUUGCUAAAAAGAGGAACUUAUAAAUGUUUAUUCCUUUUUAAUUGUUUGUCCUCAGGUGACAUUUGCUGGAUUGGACAUCACUGUCCCAGCGGCACAGCCAUUCCAAUCCCUUGUUCCCCAGGAACAUUUAUGAACCACACCCAAUCUGCAGAAUGUUACACCUGUCCUGCAGGACAUUACUGUGUUAAUAGAGUGUCUCCUGAACCGUGCCCUGCUGGUAAGUAUUGUGAGAUAAUUCAGUAAGUUGUGUUAAAGUUGAGUUUGUAAAGUAUUGCUGGCCAUCUCCUCACAGGUUGGUACUGCCCUGAAGGUACUGGACAUGAUUGGCAGCCUUGUCCCCGGGGAACCUAUAGUCCGGUUGAAUUCCUUUCCCGGGAGAACCAAUGUAAACCGUGUGAACCUGGUUACUUCUGCGCGUACCUUAAUGCUACAACAACUUCAGGAGAAUGUGAUGCUGGGUUUUUCUGUCACAAUGGUUCUGACCAAAGACAGCCUUCUGGAGGACACAAAGGUUAUGCUGGAAUCUGUCCAAGUGGUCACUAUUGUGAGCGAGGUGAUCCAAAGGCCCCCGUAGCUUGUCCUGCUGGUCACUUCAAUAACAUAACGCAUGCUGAUUCGCUCAGAAAUUGUUCAAGGUGUCCUGGGGGACAGUACUGCGAGGAAGCAGGUCUUUCAUGGCCUACUGGCCCCUGUGAUGCAGGAUAUUAUUGCACAGAAGGAGCACUAUAUCGGAAUCCAGAUAACCAGUCAGACACUGGAGGUCCUUGCCCUCCUGGUCACUUUUGCCCAGUUGGAUCACCUUCUCCAUUUGCCUGUCCUGGUGGCAAGUACAAUUCCCUCUGGAAACAGAGUCAGUGUCGUGUCUGUCCUCCUGGUUAUUUCUGUCCAAAUGCUUCAACCAACUUCACUGAUUGCCCUGAGGGUUACUAUUGCCCCAAUGGAUCAGCAUUCACUGUUCCAUGUCCUAAAGGAAGCUACAAAAACUACACUUUAGGUGAUAAACUGGAAGAUUGCAAAACCUGCCCAGUUGGCAUGUACUGUGAAUUUAAUGGUUUGUCUCGGCCUUCAGGCUUGUGUGCAGGAGGCUGGUUUUGCACUGGUGGAUCAUGGCAAAAGAAGCCUCUUAAUAUAAGUGAUAUAGCAAAUGGGACGGCUGUUUGUCCAUUGAUUGGUGAGAUUGGUGGUUUCUGCAAAAAAGGUACCUUCUGUCCAGUUGGUUCUCAUGAGCCUCUCCCAUGCACGCCAGGCUACUAUUGUGAGACGGAUAAACUAGACAGCGAGUCUGGUGUUUGUUCUGCUGGUUACUAUUGCAAUGGAAGCACAGUCCAUAGUCAUCCUGUCAAUCAAAGUAAUGGUGACAGAUGUCCAAAAGGCUAUUAUUGUCCUGUGAAGAGUUCUUAUCCAACUCCAUGUCCACCAGGCACUUAUGCUGACACUGAAUACAACCAGUUCAGGAACAAUUGUAAGUCUUGUAUUCCUGGUAUGUAUUGUCCCACUUAUGGACUUGACUAUCCACCCGGAAAUUGCUCUAAAGGGUUUUACUGUCCUGCGGGAGAAACACAACAAAGUCCUCUAGACAAAGAAUGCCAGCCUGGUCACUUCUGUCCUGAAGGAAGUGGACUUCAUAAUCCAUGUCCUGCUGGGACUUACCAGCCAUAUUCCAGGCAGGAAUUCUGUUACUUAUGCCCAGCUGGAAGUUAUUGUGACCCUGAUGAAGCAAGAAAGAACCUGUCCUGUGAAGGAAAUGUCUCUUGUGGAGUAAUUGCUCCUCUAGACUGCCCUGCUGGAUAUUUCUGUCCAAAUGGUACUAAAUGGGCCAGGCAGUUCCCAUGCCCUGUGGGAACUUUCGGAAAUGUCACAAAUCUUAUGGAGCAGGACCAAUGUGCCAAGUGCACGAAAGGUUACUACUGUCACAAGUCAGGUAUCACAUAUCCAACUGACAAAUGUCAUGCAGGUUAUUACUGCAUCGAAGGUGCAAGUGUUCCAACCCCUAACGAUACUGUAACUGGAGCCCCUUGCCCAGCAGGGUCUUUCUGCAUUGUUGGGUCGCACAAACCAGAGCCAUGUCCAGAGGGAACAUAUGGACCAAAUGAAAGGCUGCAAAGCCGUUCUGGAUGUAUUGAUUGUGAUGGAGGAAAGUACUGUAGUCAUGAAGGAUUAGCAGCUCCAAAUGGUUCCUGUGAUCCUGGAUUUUUCUGUGAGAUCCGUGCCAUAAGGCCUAACCCAGUUAACACAUCUCAAGGAGGAGGAGUCUGUCCCCGAGGACAUUACUGCCCAAGAGAAACAACUACACCAUUUAAAUGCCCACCUGGCACAUUUAAUAAUAAGACUGGAGCAACUGAGCCAUCUGACUGCACUCCAUGUACACCAGGAAUGUACUGUGAGGGAUACGGUAAUACCGAUCCAGACGGACCUUGCGAUGAAGGAUGGUACUGUGAAAGAGCAGCAUACUCAAAGAGGCCUCUUCCUAAUGUGAAUUUAACCUUUAACAACUCAAUGGACUUCACAUGCCCACUUUAUUCUGUGAACUUUACUGGAGGUAUUUGUCCUCUCGGACACUUCUGUCCUGAAGGUUCUGCCGAACCCAAACGUUGCCUCAAAGGCCGUUACUGUGGCCAAGAAGGGCUUGCAGAGCCGCAGGGUAACUGUACAGCUGGCUACUAUUGCAGCGGGGGAGACAUUAUCUCCAAUCCAAGGAACUGCACGGCUGGGUACUACUGUCCGGAAGGAACUGAAAUUGAGAUAGCUUGUCCAGUUGGAACAUUUUCUCCAUAUGUAGGGAAAUCGAAGGAAGAAGACUGUUUGAACUGCACAGCUGGGUACUAUUGUCCACUACCUGGUGCAACAGAAGUGUUGUUUUUAUGCUUGCAAGGAUAUUACUGUCCAAGUGGUUCUACCCAUAAUUCCACCGUGAUUUGUCCUAGAGGAAGUAGUUGUCCCACGGGAGUUGGACAGCCGCAGAACUGUGUUCCUGGAGAAUAUCAGGAUGAAGAAGGACAAUACCAGUGUAAGGUUUGCCCGGCUGGUUAUUACUGCGAUCCAGCCACAAAUCUUACAGGUGUUAUUUAUCCAACCAAAUGCCUCGCUGGAAGUUAUUGUCCAAGUGGAACAAAGACAGGGAAACAAUUUCCUUGUCCUGCUGGUACAUACAGUAAUGAAACAGGCCUAGAGAGAUCUCUACAGUGCAUGCCCUGUCCACCUAAGCUCUUUUGUGGCUCUCCUGGCUUGACGAAACCUUCUGGACCUUGUGCAGCAGGUGUGUCAUAACCGAGUUUUCUUUGCCAAAAAAAGAAAGAAAAAAAAAAGGAGUAACUGUUUGACUAUACGAUUAUCCGCUUUCAAUUUAAGUUAUGUUACGCUGAGGAAAACGAUCGGUGAAGCGCCAAAUGUAAUACUUUUUUGUAUGUUUGUUUUGCCGCACGGUUUCUUGGCCAGGUGUCUGAUAAAUUGAUUGCCUUUGCAGGUCAUUACUGUGUCCUCAAUGCUUCCUCAUCAACGCCAACUGAUGACGUGACAGGUAACGCAUGUAGAUUGGGUGAAUAUUGCCUAGAGGGGUCAUCGGAAGGAAUCGGAUGUCCAAGUGGUAAGGGCCUCACCAGAAAAAAUAAGUUUGAAACCAGAUUAUACUGUGAUGUAAUUGUUACAAGCGUCAGAUAAAUUGUAAACUUUAGAAUGGAAAAAUCUCGGAAACCUAACAAGUAUUCAAGGUUCUUAGCAGCAAGAGACUUGAAUUGUUUGAUAAACAUUUCUGGGAAGCUUCACAAAGUUCUGUUUUUAAAACGGUAUUCAACCAUUUGACAUCAGUAGACUGGUGGUUUUACGUUAUUAGCAGAAUUGAAUAAUUAAUUAAGUUGCUAAAUAAUCUAAUAAGUUAUUAAAAUUUAAUAACUCAAGAGAGUAUUUUACGUAUCAUCUUUUGAUAUUCUUUUUUAGGAACAUUUUACAAUGAAACAGGGUUGAAAAACGAAUCAGGAUGUCUCCCAUGUUCAGCAGGCUACUACUGUGAUGGAAUAGGGAACGUGGUUCCCACCAAGAAGUGUCAAGAGGGGUUUUGGUGCAGAGGGGGCUCUCCAGAAGAGAUGCCACUCAAUCAACCAUAUGGAACAGAGUGCCCAAAUGGCAGUUAUUGUCCCGAAGGUACCCCAGCUCCAGUUCUGUGUCCCAAAGGAACAUACCAGCCUGGGCGGCGCAAAGCACGUCUUGAAGAUUGUGUGAGCUGCAAUCCAGGGAAGUUCUGUAGUGAAACGGGGUUGUUCCGUGUGAGUGGCGAUUGUGACGCAGGAUAUUUCUGUGAAGGAAAUGCUAGUAAGAGUAAUCCAGAAGAUGGUGUAACGGGCAACAUCUGUCCUGUUGGAAGCUUCUGUGUAAAGGGUUCGAUAAAACCACAGCAAUGCUACAAUGGCACUUACAUGAAUCACACAGGUAGGUCUUUAAUUGUAUUUAAUUUGCAAGAUUUCUCUGUUUGAUACGUAGUGGACUUAAUAAAUAAUAAUAGUAACGUCAGUAACAGGGGUGUUGGCUAAUGGAAAGUGUUCCACACGGUUGUUAUUCGCUUAAUUAGCAAAUCGUGGGUUUGACUUAGUUUAUGUUGCGUCUGUGUUUUGCAAUUGGAAAGUUUAAGUAAAUAAGACUCUUGGUAUUUAGUGACUCUUUUACCUCAGGAGUUGCACCAAAUCGAUUCAGGCUGCUCUCUUUUGCGUUUUAGGUGCUUCGUCCUGUUAUGUUUGCCCUGCGGGACAUCAAUGCAUCAGUGCAAUUUUGCCUGACCCAUGCCCCGCAGGCUUCUACUGCCCCGAAGGUACUGGAUAUGAUACCCAACCUUGUCCGGUGGGCACUAUCGGUAAUAGGACAGGUUUGACAAAUGAAACUGAAUGUACACAGUGUCCCGGUGGCUUCUACUGUGAGACAGCUGGCCGAAGUACUGUCACUGGAAAAUGUCAAGGAGGUAUGUCCCUCUUUUUGUCCAAUGAUUUAAAGCUUCCUAGGUUGUUCUCUGCAGGAAACCAAGGAGAAUAACGGAGUUAGGAAGGAAACCUCAUGGCUUAAUAUGGUUGUGUAAUAGUGCACUGUGAUUAAUAUCAUUGCUUUUUUCAUGUUGUUCCCGUCGUUGGUAGGUUUCUACUGUACGUCAGGUGUGAAUGUUAGUGCUCCUGAUCAACAUUUCACGGGUUUAGGAGGACAGUGCCCCGUGGGACAUGAAUGUCAAGAAGGCAGCAGUACUUUCCAUCCAUGCGACCCUGGAUACUAUGCAGCUGUGGAAGGAAUGUCAACUUGUGAUACAUGCCCUGCAGGUUUGGAAAUUAUAAUCACAAAAUCUAACGUUAUUUUAUUAACCUCACUCCAUAUCACUACAAAACAACAACUAUUGUCCCUUUCUUUUUGGUUUUUUUUAUUAUCACUUACUGUUGCAAAGGUUUAGACUUUCGAUCAAUACUCAUUUUUGGAAUUUUCAGGCAAAUACUGUAAUGGUACCACAGUCACACCAGCGUCAUGUCCUGCUGGGCAUUUUUGUCCAAAUGGCACAGAAUUUGCCACACAAUAUCCGUGCAAACCAGGCUCUUAUAACAACGUUACUGACCAGGCGUCAGAGUCGUCAUGCAAACUGUGUGAUCCAGGCAAGUACUGUGAAGGUUCUGCACGCGUUUGGCCCAAUGACUUGUGUGAUGAGGGCUUUUUCUGCUCUGGCGGAUCUUGGAGCAAGCGUCCAGGAGACAUUGGUGUCGCCAGUUACAGUAACGCAACAAGCCCUGCUGACAGCUGCUACACAGCAUUUGAAUGUGUUUGUCCAGCAUGGAACAAAACUACAGGUAAAGUAAAACUUAAAUUGUAUACAGACGUAAUUUGAUUUAUUUGACGUAGGCAUUUCAUACCCAGUAGCCCUGUUAUUAAAGCGAUGUACUUUUCUUCAAAAAGUUUGAGCUGAAGCCCAGGGCACUCAUCUUUUGUGAUGGUUUAAGGCGAGACACUGUAGCUUCAAAGUGUAUCUCUAUCCUGCUCACCAAACCUGGAUAAGCGUAGCAGCCAUGCUAGUCAAGCUCGUCACGUGACACAUCUUUCUUCGUAGAAGUAUUUAAAGCAGUCCACUUAAUUUUUCACAGGUGACAUUUGUCCUGCUGGUCAUUAUUGCCCAAGGGGCUCAUCACGACCGUUGCCAUGCAAACUUGGUCAGUACUGUCCGCAUGUGGCGUUGGCUGAACCUGUUGGAAAUUGCUCGGCUGGUUAUUUCUGUAAUGAUAGUUCAACUGUGCGAGACCAGUUUGAUUGUCCGGUUGGCCAUUAUUGCCCAUCUGGCACAGGAGUUCCAGUUCCUUGCCCUGAAGGCAAAUUCUCUAAUACAACAAAGAACACAGAAAUUGCAAAUUGCGGAGAUUGUACCCCUGGUAAAUACUGUGCUGGUACAGGAAAUUUUGCUCCAACUCAGGAAUGUGCCGCUGAUUAUUAUUGCCCAGGUGGACAAAGUUCACCAACACCCGGAGAAUACUUGUGCACAGCAGGUCACUUUUGCAAAGCAGGGACAGCCCAGCCUGUCAGAUGUGAAAAUGGUACCUUCCAAAAUGAACGUGGAAAAAGUUUUUGUGAGAUUUGUCCUGAAGGUUACUACUGCGAUGCCACAAAUAUGGCCGUUGUUAAUGCAACAUUAUGUCCUCCUGGUCAUUAUUGCCCGCUUGGUACUGGGGACUAUCGAGACUUCCCAUGCCCGGAGCGUAAGUAGUGUUGGUAUCCUUAUUUUUUGUGCGUUGAGACUGUCAUUCGACAUUCUGUCUUUCAACAUUCUAAAGUAGUGGUAAUAGAAAUGACCAACCCGAUGUUGAAAUUUAGAUUAACGAAUAUUUCCCUCUUUUUCUUCCUGAUGGAUGCUAGGCACAUAUAAUGACAGAUUAGGUUUGACGGCCAUUGAAAACUGCACUAACUGUCCACGGGGAACGUAUUGCGGUAGAGAAGGCCUUAAUCAACCGUCUGGCGACUGUUAUGGUGGACAUUACUGCACAGAGGCAUCCAAGUCUCCAGCUCCUGAUAAAGACCUCCAAGCUAUAAACUACCCGGACUAUUUGAACUUCCCUUUCACAUUCCUCAACGAUGCUUGUCCUCCUGGACAUUUUUGUCCCAAUGGUUCUUAUCCUGAGCCCUGUCCAUCUGGUACUUACCAUAACGAAGGUGGUAUCUCCAACAAGUCACAGUGUAACCCAUGUCCUGUGGGAAGGUAUUGUAAUGGCUCUGGUAUAUUAAGUGGUGUUGCUGCGCCAUGUGAUGCUGGAUAUGUGUGCACUGGAGGGUCAAGCCAACCAAAGCCAACUCACCCAUCUAUGGGUUACAUCUGUCCCCGCGGAUUCUUUUGCCCUGCUGGUAAAUACCUUUUUCUUUGUAAUUGAUUAUAGCCCGCGACAACGUUGUAGGGUUUUGCUUGAUAUUAAGAGAAAGAGGUCUAAACAGACAUCGACAACUAAUUUACGAAUGAAAGGCUACUUCCACCGUAAAUGCUCCGAUUAAGCCCAUUUUAUUUACAUCGUCCACAACUUGCUGAAAUCUCGCCAGGUGUCAUUAUUUUCUAGCUUGUAGAUCACGUGUCCAUCAACUAGACUCGAACCUAAAUCACCAGAGAAUUUGAAAAAAUAUGCUUUCCUCGUACUACUGCUCUCGUUUGACGAAGGAAAAAGAGAGAUUUAAUUUGAUUCACCAAUGCUAUCACGCAGAUUUUUAUUUGUAAGAGGCGAGAGCCGUUUUUGGACUCAGAUAACUCUGUAGAUCGCCUCAUUUUUGUCUGCUCCUACAACCUCCCUCGCUCGACGAUGGCAGACGAACGUUAGGGAAAAGAGAAACUGCGAGUUAUCGCAGUUUUAACUGUCUAAAACUUCCAUCUGAAUACGUAGGUACUCAUAUUGAACUAAGCUGCCUUCCUGGAACUUAUCAACCUAACUUGGGACAAGGAGAAUGUAUCCCAUGUGGAGCAGGUAACAUGUGCCCUUUCCAGAAUAUGUCGUCAGUUGAACCUUGUAAAGCUGGCUAUUACUGUCCAAAUGGAACCUUGGUGCCUUGUCCUCCAGGAACCUAUGGUAAUCGCACUGGGCUGUCCUCUGCUGAUAUGUGCACGGACUGUCCUUCAGGACAAUUCUGUCAGGUGAUGUUGUGUUGUUAAUUACAUCGCCCUCUUUAAACUGUCUUCAUAAAUAGUUGAAAAAAAUUUAAAAUUGUAAAGCUGAAUACAUCUAGUAGUAUGGAAAAAGGCAUCUUUCCGUAUGGUGCAAAGCAACAUGCGACUUAUUGUUGAAAUGGAACAAAAUAUGCGUGUUGAACUAGAAAAGCUGUCAAGUACAAAAUAACCAAUAUAGUCUUUCCGUAAUAGGAUUAUGCACAAACAGUUCCCAAGGGCCCGUGCACAGAAGGAUGGUUCUGCGAAGGAAAAGCUGACACCUCCACCCCCACAGCAUUACCAGAGUAUCCAAGAAACGGCCUUUGUCCAACUGGUCACUACUGUGUCCGAGGAACGCAAGCACCAGCUCCGUGUCCCCCAGGCACAUACCGCAACAGCACAGGUGCACGAUCAGUCGAUGACUGUCUGGACUGCGCUCCUGGUUUCUUCUGUAAUGGAUACAAUAACUCGUUUCCAACUGGACCAUGUGCACCAGGGUAUUUUUGUCCCCAAGGUUCCAGAGCCAAUGUAUCCAAGCCCCAUGGAUAUUUGUGCCCGGAGGGCCACUUUUGUCCUGGAGGCACUGCAGAUCCAGAGGAGUGUGGUGCAGGUUUGUGUUUGUCAUUUUUGACGACUAAACAUCAAACAAUCAAUUUCGACAAAAAGUUGUUGCUGGUGCAUGAUGAAUUUUAGUUUGAUAUCAUAUAGUUCCACUUUUUGCUUAGGACUAUGUUUGACAACUUUUGGUGUUAUAUAUUUAAGAGUGUUUCUCCUCCUUUAGGUUCCAACCAACACAACGCAGGUCAGGAAAGCUGUGACCUCUGUCCUGCCGGAUAUUAUUGUCCAAUAAAGACCGCCACGCCGGAGAAGUGUCCCCCAAGGCACUACUGUCCUGCUGGCACCACUGUACCGUUGACAUGUCCAAAUGGAACAUUCACCCAUGACAACAUGAGCGGCCUGGCAAAUGCAUCUCAAUGUUUGCCAUGUAUCACUGGUUUUUACUGCCGCCUGGGUCAAGUGGUUACAAAAUGUGAUGGUGGUUAUUACUGUAAAGCUGGUAGUCCUGAUCCAAACCCAGAUGGUUACCGGUAUCCUGUUGAAGCUGGUCCUUGUGCCAUGGGGUAUUAUUGUCCUAAUGGCACACUCGUGCCCAUUCCUUGCCCAGACAACACGAUGAAGAAUUACACUGGUGGGUAUGGGGAACCUUCAGACUGUACCCCGUGCUCUGCUGGAAGAUUCUGCUUGAAUGGUAAUGUUGGUUCAGGGGAUAAUUAAAAAUAACUUUCACAAUUUUUAAUUAAUUUACAUAAAUGUCAGGAGCGAUUAAUCUUGUCCAUGCUUCUAAUAGAGGUGUUUCUGUUCAGGAACGGCAUACGGUUUAUCAUGCCCUCGUGGAAAGUACUGUCCUCGUGGGAAAGCUCCAAUUGACUGCCCUAUGCACAGAUACCGAGACAUUGUUGGCGGCAAAGACUUGAAUGACUGUUUCCCCUGUCCAGCCGGUUACUGGUGUAAUCUCACUGGUAUGGUUAAUUACAAUAACAGCGAAUGUCCAAUUGGACACUUUUGUCCAAGUCAGCUUGGGCCAAGUCUGUGCGGAGCAGGCCGUCGCCGAGAAAAUCCUGGAGCUGGGAGCAGGGAUGAUUGUGGUUUCUGUCCUGGUGGUCACUAUUGUCCUAAUGAUACCAUCAAUAUCCAGGGAAUACCUUGCAAAGCCAAGUAUUACUGCCCUGAGGGCUCAUCAGCGGAAAGAUUAUGUCCAGGUGGUGCGUAUUGUCCUGCCACCACUGCAAUACCCAUCCCAUGUCCCGGUAUGUGUUUAUCUCUCUAUCAUUAUUAACUGUAGGUAGGUGCUUUACCUGUAGUAUCCGCCACCUGGUCAACUCAUGUUGUAGAGCGCCGGUCUACCGUGCGGGAGGUGAAGGGUUCAAGCCUUAGGCCGUACCAACACUCAGGGUCUUAAAAUAACUGAGGAGAAUGUGUUGUGUUCGCUAUGAUAUCUGCAAAUGGCUAGACAUUUUAGUCCUCUCGGACAACUGAGGACGAAGAACCGUAGGCUACGUCUCCUACAUCAUGUACAUUCUACAUUCUUUGUUCUGCUAAGCAAGGGACGUUAGCGAACCCACGCUCUUCUAUCACGUAUCUCUCAGUGUUGUGGUCUGGCCUUUUUCCAAACAUUCCUAAAUCGGGGGCGCCUGAAAAUGCGCUUUCAAAAAGUUGUAAACUUCUCAAUACAGUCUGGCUAAAGUCCCCCUGAAAUGUAAUCUAAAGCGCUUUAGAGCAUAGUCAUAUGAAGAAUGCGCCAUACAAGUUUAUCGUUAUAAUGUAUUACGAUUAUAGGCUCCAAGAGUGUAGGACUUAAGAUUUUCUUCUGUUUUUCUCAGGAGGUUCUUACUGCCCAAAUGGAUCGCAGGUGGACAUCGCUUGCUCUUACCCAAAUUACUGCCCACCAAAUAGUACUCAAGAGCUUAUUUGUGAUCUUGGUUACGAGGCCUUAAGUACUAGCGGAAAGCGUGAUUCUCACAGUAGAUGCUGUCUAAAGUGCCCUGCAGGGUCUUACGGUAAUCAUCCCCAGCGUCUUAAAUGUGAUCCCUGUCCAGCAGGUUUUUUCUGCCCCGGAGGUACCACAGGACCAAGAGUGCAUCCGUGUCCACAAGGAGCGUUUUGCCCCCUUGAAUCUGAAGAGCCAAGAGCUUGUCCGCCUGGUACUCGUGGAACUAUUUCCAAGGCAACAGCGGCUUCUGACUGUUCGCCCUGCGCUCCCAAAACUUACCAACACGAAUCAAAUAAAACAGCUUGUAAACAAUGCGGAAGCAGUGCUGAUUCAACGGAAGGUCAGGAAACUUGUGAGUGUUUCGGGAAAUACCGACAUUUCCAGGUGUCGGAUGGUUCCUGUGAAUGCUUAUCCGGUUAUGUGUUUUUUGAUCCAGUCACUUAUGAGAAGGUCGAAGGAAACAGUGACAAGAAUUGUCAGCUUGAGGUAUGGACCUUGUUAUGUUCAGGAAUGUGUCUAAUAUGUGAACCAAAUGGAGCUUUUACUGCCGGGAAAUCGCAUUCUUUGUGACGUGUUGAAAGCGAACGUGUUUUUUUGCAAUUUUUUCUCUCUUUUAACUCGCCUAUCGUCCUCGCUUUGUGUCACGUGCUACUUAAGAAAGAAUUUUCCUCUGGCAAGACGUACCUUCAUGUUGCUGCAAGCUAUGAGCAUGUUGUUUUAUUUGAGUCUCUGUAUUUGAAUGAAACUUGUUUUUAAGUUCUUACAGCACUUUUUAUUCAUUGUUACUGGGACUCUUAAAUUCUAGGAAUUCCCACGAUGCGGCACUGGUGAAGCUCGAAAAGCUGCUCAGGGAGAAUGUGUGAAACCUGGAGAAGAAACUGUAAAAUGUCAAGAACUGUGCGAUAGUAGCGAAGCGUCCUUCUCCACUGAGGAUGGCAUUUGUUUAUGCCCUUAUACCGUAAGCUGUGAUGCUGAAUGCGAGGAGAACAGGACUAAGACGUACAUAAAAAGAAAUUCUGAUGGCAUUUUAACUUUGAAGUACGUGGACAGUGGAGGAAAAUCAGAAUCUGUUAAUAUCACCCAAGAGCUCGGAGUCAGUGAUAACGACAACGAGCAACAUCCUACUGAAAUUAUGUUUUUCCGAAAAACCCAGUCAGUGCGGGCACUUGUGCCAAAUUCUAUUGAUGAUGUGAAAAAUGCGUUGAGACCAGAUGCUGCGGUCGUGACGCGCAGACGGCGAAGGGCAGUUGGUGAUAAUACGACUACUGCCCCUUCUACCAACACAAUCGCAAAUCCAACAUUUUGCUUUCAGUAUGGGCAGGCACUGACUUUCAAAAUUGAAAUCAACCCAGAAAACCGAAGCCUAAGCCAUUAUCCAAGAUACCGCAAAAACCAUCUGUUGAACAGAAAUGACAAGUUUGACUAUGGAAACUUUAGAAAACUUCACUCUCUUAUCCGUGAAUCGAACGACUCUCUGGACUACUUUGUACAUGUCUUUACGCAGAAUGGAACGUUUGUGUUUUAUGACAACGCAGAGCCUUCCCGAGAGGUAAUAGUGAAUGUGGUUGCUCCUGGUGUUUCGUGCGGGGGUGUCACUAUUUCACCGACAACAAAGGGAGUUUUGACCUCUCUCGGUGUCGGCCUCCAAAAGGUAAGCUGGUGCUAACAAUUUAAGUUUUUUGUUACAAAGGGUGAAACUAUUGAUUUUGUCAUUGCUUUUUGAUGUGAUGAAGAAGAAACAACAACAUUACUUUUUCCCACGCAGUGCUAGUCUUUACACCGCAAUUCCAGUCGAAAUCUUUAGGUUCUCACUUUUUUUUACAUGUUGUUUCGAUGUUAUAAUUAAAAAGGAGAAAGUUCAGCGAGGCGACUGUCAAGGAUAAAUGUAGUUCUUGUUUGAAUGACCUAAUUUAUAUUACUUCCUCACAUUUUGUAAUUUUAGCCUCAAAACCUGUCCCCAGACUGGGCAGUAAUCUGGGGAAUGAUUGUGUUCAUGCUGGUGUGUAUCAUUAUGCUUGUGAUUGCUGUUAUCAUAUGGCGCCCAAAGAGCAUCGGAAGGUUCCCUGUACGAGCACUGAGGCCCAAGUACAAAUCGCUAGGAGCACCUAUCCCUGUUGUCCCUAUCCCUGGUAAGUAUCCUUCUAUGGUUUUGUUUGUUGAGGCUCGCAAAAGAGUUUGUAACUCAUCGUUAUUACUGAUUUAUUUUAUGUUAGGUAUUGAUGAUCAUAUUUAUGACCUUGGACCUCGUGGUUCACCAGAAGGGUCGUCGUUUGAUUCUCCAAGUGUAAGAUUUGAGCUGGAAAACUUCAACGUUCGUACAUUAUAUGACAAAUUGGAAGAUCAAACGUUACACGUUUCGUCACAGCUAGCGCGUCACCAAGCAGACUUGAGAGCAUUUUAUGACAGAAUCAGCCAACAGGCAGAGAAGCUCAAAGGGAUGUUAGAUAGCAUGGACGUCUCUGCACUUAUCAAAGCAACCAAAGAGGCAGGAAGGGUCAAGGAAGGCGAGGUAUGUAGGUUGUGGCCUGCUCUCAAUUACCUUAGAUAACCAUAAUUUUUAUGUAAUUUUUUACAAUUAUUGAAGGUUGAAAUUGUUAUGUGUUAAGUGAUGAUGAUCGGUUGCAGGCCUCCACUGAACAGCAGCAAACAAGUGAGGCUGGUGAACACGGCACGAGAUACGGUAUGACAGCUGGUGGACAGGUGAGAGAAGAGGAGCUGAUGCAGUCUCUCCAGCUACUGUUGGAGAAAGUCGAAAAGGGACAGUUUUCAAUGCCAGGUAACACGGCUCAACGGAAUUUUCCUAAUUGCAAACUUAACUUCUUGUUGUAUUGUCUCUCGUCCUCUCCAUCGUCUCCAAAGCCAGUGACAAAUAUGUUUUAUUUGUCACACAGGUGUGGUGUCGGGAACAAGCAUAACUGUACCAGGGCCUGGAAUGAUUGUGAUGGGUGGAGAUAGCAGCACAAUAACUACUACCUAUACCCAACAAGCUUCUGGGUAUCCUGUGGUGGAAGUACACGCUGGUGAGGCUGCUGGGCCGCAGUGGCAGAUCCAAGGAACGAGUGACGUUAGUGAGUUCCUUCGGAAAAUGAAUGCAGAGCGCAUGCACCUUGAGCAGCAGACUGGACGAGAAGAGGAGACUGCUGUACACAAGCUUCUGAAAGAACAGGUUUGGCUUAAAGCAGGAAAAAGAAAGAAUCUUAUAUUUUAUUAACACGCAUUUCCUCUGAGUCCUCAUGACAUUUUCCUUUUUAAUAAGGGACUAGAUACACUGGAGUUAACAUGACAGGUUUUUUAGUUCCAUUUCACGUUGUCCAGGAACAGCGUUCAUUUUGUGGUAAUUUUCCUAAUAGUUAAAAGUUAUGAAUUCACGUUCCAGUUUUUGGCUUUUUUGGAAGCCUGAUUGUUACAUCACUGCUAAUAAAACGAAUGAACUUCGUCACCCAUGUAACUUAUUCUACGUUCCUGAGAAAGUGAGGUUUAGAACUUCAACAGCUGUACCUGUAAUCCAGCCUCGUGGCUGCAAUUGGUAUUAAUAAACAAACUACAAACAGAAUCAACUUUGUGAGAGUUUUGCUUCUAAUGUGGAAGCAUAUGUUCAUUAACAGGAAGAAAUCCGUUCGGGCGAAAUGAAAAAGUUAGCGGAGAAGUUAGCAGAAAAAUUGUCUGGUGAUCUCAGUGAAGAUGAAAUGCGAGCGGUUAUGGAGGAUCAUGCAAGACAAGUUGUCCAGUUAGAAGGAAUGUUGGCAUCUGAGAAAGAGAAACAAAUGGCAGCAUUGAGAGAGAAGCUGAAGAGGAGAAGAGAGGAAAAAGAGGCCGCCCUCUUAAGAAAACAGAAGGAGGAGGUACGAGUAAUUUUGUGGCAAAAGAUAACAAUAAAAAGAGUGAUGUUUAACAAUUUUCCUUGUCUUCACAGGCCGAGAAGUCCAAAAUUCAUUUGGAUGAUGUGAAACCUCUGGCCAGUAUUGAUACAGUGUUGAAGACGCAAGAAAGUGUACAAGACGUGAUUAUUCAGGAAGAAUCUAUUGGACAUGCGCGAGCAGAGGAACAACAAUCCACCGAACAGGCGAAUGUUUACCGACGCCAGUUGGGAGACAAAUUCUGCGCUAUGGUGGUAAGAGAAUCGUCAAUAUAAGAAUACACUUGAAAUUUUAUAAUUAUUUUCUUUCGCAAAGUUUUGUCGUGUAUGUACUUGCUGCUGGGUAAGAAACUUAAAUUCUUGUUUUAUUUCAGGAUGAUCUUGUUACAUCUGGUUCUCUGUACGCUGAUCAAGCUGAGCAAAUUAAACGUGAACAAAUGGAACUCGAGGAGAAAAUGUCACGUGACCUGGCUCAACAGCAGGCACGGCAGACGGCGCUUAUUAGGGAGAAAUUGGCCCAGAGAAAGAAAGAACGACUGAAGAAACUCAGGGAACAACAGGAGAUGGAGAAAGCCAAGGUAAACUGAGCAUUGCUGGAGAUGCUCAUCUACUUUUGGUGCUUUUAGAUAACUGGACGCUGGUGUAAAAUGUUUCUGUUCCUUAUCGUUUCAUGUGACUUUCACUUCAGGUUAUAAGCGAAGGUGGUGAUGUGACAGCUUUGCUGAAGCAACACGAGCAGGAAAUAGCUGCUCUGGAAACAAGCUUUGAGGCAGAGGAGGCGCGUGAUAUUGCAGAGAUCACCAAGAAACUCAAUGAGUCGCAUAUGCAAAACGUGCAGCAAGUCCACAAAGAACUUCUUGAUAAAGUGAGCUUAAAAAUCAAACAGGUUCUUAAAUAUAGACAUUAGUCGUCAUCUCAAACAGGAUAUCUGUUAUUAUUUUGCAUUUUUGUCAUCUUCAGUAGAUUGAAUUGGAUUAUCCUGUUUUUUUUUUUUUCUUUUGGUUUUUGUUUCACAUAGGCCACAAAAGACAAUUUGGACGCGGUUCUCCAACAACAGAUUAUGGAUCAGUUCAGGAAGGAGAACGAAGCGCUGUUAGAACACUUGGAACAACGAAAACUCAAAUCCUUGGAGGACACCAAGGUAACAUGGUUCCUCGAAAUAACUGGAUUAUCCAACUGUACCAUUGAUGCUUAUCACUUGAGGGUGGGACCGCGACUGUUAGUUAUUAAGGCAAAACACAAUGACACUUGUCGUAGAACCAUACAAACUGAAAAUGGCAUUGACACUGAUUUCUACCUCUUAGGCAAAACUUGCUGCUCGUCGAGCGCGUCGUCAAGAAGAAGCGCGCCGGCAGGCAGAGGAAACAGCUGCUCAGCGGAUCUUAGAGGAGCAGAGCCAAGCCAUCGCAGCUAACAAGCCAGUCGACGCAGACCACGUGAUCGUACCCGAAGUCAUAUUACCACGUGAAACUUCAGAAGAACAGGUUCGUGCAACUUAACUACACUGCCCUAAAGAAGUGAGUUCCGAUAUACUGUGCAGAACGAACUAGUUAUUGACAAAAUUGAACCUCAAAAAGUAAUGGUUGAUGAAUUUUUUCUAAUCUCUGUGAAUCUGAUCUCUGUAAACAUCUUUAUUUUCAGGCGUUACGAAACGAACAGGAGCGUACCUUAGCUGACAUGCGUGAUAGACAUGAACAAGAUACCCUGAAAGUCAACGAAAAACUUGAACGAGAACUGGCUGCAGAAGAAGCUCAGGCUAUGGAACAUCUUGAGGCUGAUAAAGAGCGUAGACUGCGAGAGCUGAAGGACAGACAUGCUGCUGAGUUAGCGGCACGCUCUAAGGACAUGUCACCUGAAGAAGUGCAACAGGUACGCCAAGAGUCUCUCUUUUAAUCAGCUCAGAAUUCCCAGGAGAGAAGUAAUCGAUAUUCCGCAAUACAUUGUCAUCUCAUGCAAAUGAUCGAAACUGUAUAAGUUAGACUUGAACACCGUGUAAGCAAUAGUCAUUCACUCUCCAUAAUCAUUCACAAUAAUUUUUUUGUUUUAAUUGCCUACCAGCUUUUGACGGCACAUCAACAAGAACUGGAAGAAAUAAUGGAAAAGAUGGACUUGGAGAAACAAAGACAGCAGGCGAACUUACAUCAGAAGCUACUGGAAAGAAAGAAACGAAAACAAGAAGCACAGCAGCGUAAACAAGAAAGAGAGAUGGCUAAGGAAUUGUUGGAGCAGAAGAGAGAACUGCAAGAAGUGCGCACACAACACGUGAGUGGCACGUGCUCAGUUGAAAGGGGAAAAUUUUAAGUUUUUCUUUUGUGGUGUGUUAUAUUGCUAGAGAUUAAUUCAGAUGUUUCAGUUUCUGAGUUCAACGGUGUAAAAUGAAAUCAAUUUUUGAUUAACAUUCAUUUGCGGAUUUUAACUCACAGAUCGUGCCAAUUUGUUUUAAACGAAUGCAUUUUUCACUGUCAGGUAAAAGAGGCAGAGAAGCAAGCUAUGAUUGACGGGAUCAGGGAGAACGGCUCUGAAGCUGCAGAGUUUGUCAUCAGAAAGGUAAUAAAUGUGGAGUUAUACAGAUCAUUUAAUUACCUUGUUGUUUAGCUGUCUUGAAAAUGUUGUUGAGACUAAGCCAUAGUUUCUCUUUUAAUCUGGAUAUAAUUCGUGCUGGUAACAUCCUCUGUAGGCUCUGAUUUAACUGUUAUGUCAUGGUAACUAUUGAUUACACGAUAGCUACUUCAGUGGAUUAAGUAAGAAAAAAAACACAAACCUGUUCUGUCUACAGGUUCUGGAAAAACGUCAAAGUCAGGAGCUGAAAGACUUGGAGCGUAUGUUUCAGGAAGAACGUAAAGUGGCUGUUGAUGAAGCACUGGCCAAGAUGGAAGAAAGACAUGCGCAAGAAAACGAUGAACUUCGGGCUCAACACGAGAAAGAAUUAAGAGAACUGGAAAAACAAAAAUUAAAUCCUGAAGAGCUGCAGCAGAAGAGGGCCCAGUUAUUGAACCAACAGCAAUUACGACAAAGCGCGCUGGAUAAAAAACACGCUGAUCAAAGGAAACAAAUUCAACAUGGUGUGCAGUCAGACUGGGAAGUGCGCUUUGCGCGCGCCAAGUUAGAGCUUAAGGAGAAGCACUAUCAGGUGAGUUUGGAUGGAAAAAGCUUUAGUUGUCCUAAUUUUAUGUUUGCUUUAGGAAUAUUGUGGUCGCAUCAAGAGAUUCGUUCUGGUAUUCCUUGUUAACUUUUCAAUUUCCCUCUUUGCUUAACUCUUCAUCUUAUUUAUGCUAUUACUCUCCUCAUCUAGGAAUAUGCUGAUGCUUUGAAUGAGUUGACUCCAGAACAAGCAGAGGAACACAGGCGAUCAGUUGAGAAGGCGCUGGCAGCCGCGAGGGAACUGGAAAUAGUUAAACAAAAACUAGAUGAACAGCGAGCGGAGAAUGAACUGAAACUCAAACAAGAAAAUGAUGGUUAGUAACAAUUUACCUGAAAAAUUCAAUGAACAGCAAUAAUUCAUUUAAGUCAAAUGAAUAAAUUUUUCUCUAAACCUCUCUUAUUUGCAUCUGUUUGUCACUUAGCAUUUGAAGCCGAGCAACAACUUAAGUUAGAAGAGGAACUUAAGGCGUUCGACAAACAGCUGGAACAAGAAGCAGACGAAGAACAGAAAAAGAACGAAAAGGCAAUCUUGGCUCUUAACACUCGUAAAGAAGCCUUGCUGAAGGAAAAGAAGGCGAAAGUCAAACAAGAAAUGGACAAAAUGGGCAAACAAGGAGCUUCAAAGGAAGACCAAGAAGCCAUAUUGAAAGAACACAGCAAAGACUUGGCUAAACUGAUGAACAAAAUGGACGCGGAUAGAAUGAGAAUGCAGAGCUCAUUGGAAGAGCGUUUGAAGAAAAGACGUGAGGCAAAACGGCAGGCUAAGGUGGCUGAACUUACAACUCGAAACGAAGAGGAGAAGAAAGAAUUUGAAGAGAAAGUUCAAUCUGAGCGCGAUCGAGCACAAGCUGAAGAGGUGAUCGCUUUGAAGGAAAGCAUUCAUGUCGAUAACCUUGUAGCUGCUACAAUCGAAUCUGAAGCUGCUUCACCCCCUGUACAGCAAGCGCGACUAAUGCCGGACAGUUAUCGAUUAGCAGCUCCAUUGAGCGAAGGUGAACUGGCAUCGCUGCUGCUGGCGUCACCGCUGUACCAAAAGAUCGAAAGCAUCAAAUCGUUAGUGAGUGGUGGCGCUGGUAAAGGAGGACAGUUUGGCGGUUCAGGUAAGUGGAAAUCAAUAUUUUUACUUAUGUCAAGUGGACAGGGUUAUUUUAAAGUACCUGGUAGAACAUUUUUAGAGUUCAACAAAUUAGUAAGUAGGAUUGACUUUCUUAGAUGCGGUUUGAGUCCUUUGAUUUAAAGUAAUGGGCUACAGAAGUUAUAUCUGCAGUAAGAGUCUACAGAAGGGUUACUCAGUAAAUUACGUUGUGUAACGUAUUGGUGUUGACUUGCUUCUCAGCACCUGGUGAAGGUUAUAUUGACAUCAAGGAUGACACUUUGUGGACAGGGGACGAUGAACUUGUCCCAGUUGAUCUGAACACGCUGCCUGCUCGAGCCUUCGUCACAUACAAGUUUGGCUCUUUCAUUGUCGAUUUACUCGCCGUUCAUUGUCAUCAUCUUCCUGUCACACUCUUGCUAGCCGAUAAGCUGCCUCCAAACUCUCAUCUACAGAGGAACGCUUACAGGAAUUCCUUCUUCUACGACGCAAACAAUCGUAUCUUGUACGUGCGAACUGAACGGAUGGACAACGUUGGAGAGUUUAUUUUGGUUCUGGUUCACUGCCUCGCGCACAUUGCUUGCGGAGACUUACGCGACGACUCCCAUCCGGGAUUUAUGAAAGAGUUCCAUCACGCCCUAGCUGUAAUUUGCGAUGACUUAUUCUUUGCACGAUAUAGGCGUUCCUCUGCGCUUGCGCGCACUCUGUCCUCACUUCCUGCAAGCGACGAUUUGGAAAGCGCCAGCCGUGUGCUGUUGGAGUCUGUAUUUGGUGAUGCUCAUACUGAGGCUGACAAGGCGAAUAUGGUGGAUGGACUUUUGGACGUCAAGCUUUUGCGCGGCGCGAACAAAGAUGGCGUGCAUUUUACACAUGAAGGUAUUGUGGAACGUUUAUCCAAGUACAGUAACUUUGCUGUUGAGUCCAAGUUGAGAUCUUUCCUGGGUGAUGUGGAAGAGAAAGCGUCCCACGCCCGUCUUCAAGGCACAGAAGAAUUUAUUGAUAAACGAUUACACGAGCUACAAGGACCACUAGCUAAGGAGAGACCAGUGUCACGGUACGCUCAGUCACGUGGGAAUUUGUUGUCGCGUGGAGUGUCUCGACAGGUCUCCCGCGCCCAAGCUCUGUCACGCAAUGCCACUCGUUUGCCCAUAUCUGGGAAAUCUGCACAGCCUAAAGAGGAAGAGGACCUCUAUAAGACCUUCUUAGAGGUAUGUUCACGUGUUUUGAUAUUUUAUCUAUGAUGUGUUUUGACCUUUGAGGAUACUUGACGUUAUUGUGGAUGUCUAUGUGUAGGAGGGGAAUUUCGGGAGAAUGAGAGAACUCCUUUCCUGAGAUCAAGAAAACUGCUGGUGCAAAGUAACUUAUGUACAGAUAUGCAAGAUAAAUCAACUUAUUGAAAUCCUUUCUUGCUCUGGUAUGUAACAUGGAGUGGAAAUAUUUUAUAGGGUCUGAGAACUAACCAAACUCAUUUGUGACGAGACAAGAGCACCUUUACCUCUGGGAUUCUGAUAAGUAGUGACUUUGUGAACUUUUAUUACAGGUUCAAGUUAAUGACAUGCAAGACACUGUAGACAGCUUGAACCAGGAAUUCGCUCAGCUCUCCAGGCAGUCUCUUGAUGUCACUGCAAAUCUAAGGGAACUGGAACAAGAACUGUUGGCUCAAACAGACCUCUUCAGGGAAUCAGCGGAGGGCAGCACGGAGCAUGCUCAGCAUAAGAAUGCUGUUCGACAAACAACCACCAAGAUAACUACUGCAAAGGCAUCGCUGGAAUCCAUUAAUCUGCAGAAGAGUAACUGUUUGGAGCGACUGAACUUGUUCAAGAAAAAGUUGGAAGAGAAACAAGCACAACUGGAGCAGCAUGUGAACAAACCCGAACACGAGCGCAAACAACAAGCUGAGAGAAAACUACAGACAGCCAUGGGAGGAAAACCGAUCAAGAAGAAAACAAAGAAGUAAACUUAGUGCUUUUAUAACAUUUGUAUUUUUUUAAUAUUAUUUAUUUGCACUAAUUGCAAUACAAGAUAUUUAAUUAGAAUAGGCUGAAAACAUUGAAUCGAAGUUUUAGAUCAAACCGCUAUUUUUUAUAAAUUUUUGUACACGUGAAGCCGUAGUUGUAGACAGUCCAUUUCUUCGUGUAGGCUCAUCAAAAAAAAAACCGUGCAAUACAGCCAUCUAGUCUAUGAAAUAAUUGUAAAAUUUAGUUUUUCGGCAGCUAUUUUAUGACAGUCCAUCGAUAAGAGCCAAAUCAGCUUGAUGUUUUGUCAUUAAUUUAGAGAGAAUACGCGAUUUUUUGUAUUGAAUGAAGCGCAU